CCCUCAGGACAGGAUGGAGUCUCGCGGCUGCCCAAUAGGAAGCGUGGAGGGCGGGGCUGGAAGAGGAGAGUCGGUCUCCAUGGCAACGCAGGGCGCUGACGGGGCUCCAGCCUCUGCGGCGGCGGCGGCGUCGAGGUUUCCCCGGAGGGAGCGGGGCCGCGCGGGGAAGGUAAAGGAGCAGGCGCGAGCUGGUUUUAGAAAGGAGGGAAGGAAGCCUGCUCUGGGCGCGAGGGGAGGAGUCGUGGGAUUUGAAGAGAUGGAAGGGGUCCCCGAGGGUCAUCUAGACCGACCCCCUUCAGUGCAAUGACGCGGGAGAAGGAAGCGGAGCAAUGGCGUCUGCAACUUGGAUUCGUCCGCCCCAGAAUGUGUUUCAAGGGCACAAGCAGCCCAGAGAACCCCACAUCCCCCUCCUUCCCAAAGCACUUCCUCCCAGGGGGCGGCCAAACCUCGGAGAAGCUAAACAUGCCUGGGGGGGGGCGGGGGCUGAACAGGUAACUAGCUGGGAGCCGCAUAUAGACCACCCCUGCGGGGGCAGCUUGAAUAAAAUAUUGGGGGUUGCCCAGGUAAGCCCUGCCCCACAAGAUGCAGUACACACACAUGCCCCAUCAACUUUGCGGGGGGCACACAUCCCUCAAAUAUUUUAUGGGGGGGGCAAAAGAGCCUCAGCCCCUAGGAAUUGGCUCCCAUGCCACCAUCUGAAACAAAGUGCUACCCCCUUACCCACCCGAGAAGAAUGGCAGAUGAAAGUGAUGGACUACAUGGAACUGGCUGAGAUGACUGGCAGAAUUCGAGACCAGGGAGAAGGGUCAAUGGAAGAAGAUUGGAAAAAAUUCAAAAUAUAUCUUCAAAAAUAUUGUAAUAUAAAAGACUGUUAGGAAGAUGUGGGAAAAAGAAAAUUAGGUCGUUUUGGUAGAUAUGAUAUAAAGGAUUAAGCAAAAAUGAGUUGAUGAAAUUGAUGAAACAGAGGAUGUUUAACUACAUUAUUUUAAAUUAAAACACGCAAAUGAAAAUAAGGUUAGAAGGAUUUGCUGGAAAUACGAUCUGAACUAGAAUACAAAAUUGGGAGGUGAGAGGAGGUCAUGGAAAUAAGUAAAGGGAAAAGGUUGUGUAAAGGUUUAAUCUGUUUUUGUUCUAUUUUAACUCAAUGCAUUUUUAUAUUUUUUGUUUCGUCUUCUUUUUUACUCUAUUUUAUUGUUUAUUUUUUUCUUGUUAUUUUUUGCUUUGUUAUGGUUAAAUUUUUCUUUGUAUUUUGUAUUGUUCUUUUUUCUUUUUUGCAAUUUUAAACUUGGAAUAAAUAUCAUUUAAAAAAAAAUAAAAAUGAAACAAAGUGCUACCCCCACCCCCCCAUCGCCAACUGUUCUGAGUCCAGAGAGUGGGUGUCCCAUCAGACCCAUAGGUAUUUAAAUAAAAAGCUAGCCAGCUCUUCUGCCACUAAUGCAGAAGGUGGUUUUAGUGGGUGGGAGUAUAGUUCCCAGGUGUGCAUAUGUGUUAGCCAAAACGAGGCUGCUCCAUGGGUCAGGAUUCUAUAAUUAUCACAUAGUGAAGCUAACUGACUUUAGCAUGCUGAAGUAAUUGCAAGAUGGCUGGGUGGACUGGUUCUUCUAUAACUUCCUUUGGGCCCCCAUCCUUUCUCGCAGAUCCCCCCCCCAACAUUUGGAAACAAAGUGGAAAUAGAAGUAGAAAGGGUUUCUCAAAGACUGCACUUGCAGUUGGGUGGCCAGAUGGGAAAAGGGACAAAUGACACCCAAUUCAAUUUCCUCUCCUACACAACUUUUAAAGCUGCAAGAGCCCUGGCCUCUUUUUCAUCGGGCCCCCCUAAUGUUAUUCUCUCUGUUUAUGAAGUGUUGACCAAGUAAGAAAUCUUGGGUUGCAAAUAAAGUGUUGUUGAUCUAUUCCCCUUGCUUUCCGAUACUAGUAGUUGAGCUUUUGCAUUGUCAUAUGAAGGCUGCAGUGCUAUUAUCUUGGAGUAGGUCUCACUGAAUAUAGUGUGGCUUAAGGACGGGUAGCACUGUGGUGUAAACCACUGAGCCUAGGGCUUGCCAAUCAGAAGGUUGGCUGUUCGAAUCCCCACGAUGGGGUGAGCUCCCGUUGCUUGGUCCCUGCUCCUGCCCACCUAGCAGUUCGAAAGCACGUCAAAGUGCAAGUAGAUAGAUAGGUACUGCUCCGGCGGGAAGGUAAACGGCGUUUCUGUGCGCUGCUUUGGUUCGCCAGAAGUGGCUUAGUCAUGCUGGCCACAUGAGCCGGAAGCUGUCUGUGGGCAAACACCAGCUCCCCCGGCCAGUAAAGCGAGAUGAGUGUUCAACCCCAGAGUCGUCCGCGACUGGACCUAAUGGUCAGGGGUCCCUUUACCUUUACUUUGUAUAGGAGUGUACUGCAUGUCUCCUCCUUUGUUUGAAUGGUUGUUUCACUGAUGUAGUUGUGUCUAGUUUCUUAGUAAGCACACUUUAGUUGCUACCAGGGAAUGCAAGCAUGCUUUAACAGGAAAUGGAGUGUAAUUUCUUCCUAAUUUCUCUUUGUGUUACUCCAUCACAUCAGCCAGGCAGGUGUAACUGUGUACUCCAAUCUUACAGGCAUACAAUCUUCCUUUAUGUUCCAGAAUUUUGGGCCAGUUACAAGGAAGUGACUUAACCUGUAUUGGUUAUUAUAGGUAAAUGAAACCUCCAUGUUCAUAGGUAAUAAAACGUUUUAAAAGGUAAAGGAUCCCUGGACGGUUAAGUCCAGUCAAAGGCAACUAUGGGGUUGCGGCGCUCAUCUCGCUUUCAGUCCGAGGGAGCCGGCAUUUGUCCACAGACAGCUUUCUGAGUCAAGUGGCUAGCAGGACUAAACCACUUCUGGUGCUUCUGACGGAAACCAGAGCGAAUGAUGGAGAUGGGAAGAUGCUGGGACAAAGGAGGGGCUAUCACCUCCAAACCCCCUUGUACUUCCCAGAAGAUCCUCCUGGCUGCUGCUGGAAAAAGAAGACUAAAUUAGACUGUCAACACUUUUGUUCAACACCAGUUCCUUUUAAGUUUUUGUGACUUUCAGAUUCAUUGUACUGAAUAGUUCUUGCACAAUUAUUUGAAGCAAAUUAGAAACCUUACCAGUGAAUUCAGGUUUAGGCUGCUCCAACCUUCCCUUUCUUUUCAUAUGUAAAUAACUUGGAGGCAUGUUUUUAAUUCAAGGUUAAGUUCCUAAAAAAGAAAAGAACAUCUUCAUUUAAUGUAGUGUGUUUGGAAUCUAGCAUUCUUUUGCUUUCAGUAUGAGAGUGAUGUUUCAUUAAAUAUUUAGAGGAACCUGAGGUGGUUUUUUUUUACUUUCUUUGGCAACCAUUUCAGAAAAGAUGAAGAAUUAUAGCAGGCUUUUAUGAAAAGUCAGGCUGAACUUAAGGAUCUACAAUUUGAGAAGAAAGAAGACAACAGUACAAUUUCCAUUAAUAGUAUGGAAAAGUGUCGUGAUUCAUUUUCAUUUUUCUGUAGUUGAGUUUCUAAACAUAAAGCUUAAAAAUGUAACAUGAGCUCCAUAAAGUUCAACACUCCCCAUCACCAUUUUCAGUUUCCAAUUAUUUUGGUAACAUUUUGUGUAUGUGUGUAGGAGGGGGCAUAAUUUGACUCCUUUUAAUAAGCAACACUGUCAAAUCACUGCAUGCUCUUUGUGGUCCUGAGGGUAGAUGGAUUUAUAUUUAUUUUUAAAACCUAGUUCAGAUUACUAAACUCAGAACUUUUCAUCCAUGUGGCACCCUCUAGGGCUCACAUUCAGAAGGACCUUUUAAAACCUUUUUUCACUCACAGAUUACAAUUGCUGAACCAGGAGGAACGAUAUACUAAUGAAGUUAAAUAAAUAUUCAUUAUUACUAUUCAAAUAUAGAGAUGCGCCAUCUUCUAGAUGUUUUUCCAGAAAAAAUGAAAUAUGUGCAAUAGUUACAUAUCUAACCUAAAUGUUAUUUGUUACUUCAAUAGCUCAAUCCUGUGUGUGUCUACUCAAAAGCAAGGUCCAUUCAGUUUAAUGAAAUGUGCUCCCAAGUAACCAUGCAUACAACUGCAACUUUAGUUGGGAGUAAUUCCCAGUGAAUUCAGCAGGACUUACUUCUGAGUAGACUAAUAUAGGCCUGUAGACUUUGUAGAUGGGCAACAUUUCUGCUACAGAAUCCCUGCCCCAUCGCAGAACAGUUCUGAGAGUUGCCAGAGUGGUGGGAUGAUUAUAAAAGUAGUUUGUAGUGGGUGUGGGUAUGUUCUUACUUAGCAAUGAGCAUAUAAAAAAUACUUUUACACAGGGAGAAAUACAAUACAUUCUGUAACCGAGUAUAAAAUAGGACUGCAACCUAGCACACGCUGCAGCUUACUAUACAGUGGUGCCUCGCAAGACAAAAUUAAUUCGUUCUGCGAGUUUCUUCGUCUUGCGAAUUUUUCGUCUUGCGAAGCACGGUUUCCCAUAGGAAUGCAUUGAAAAUCCAAAAGGAAACAAACUUGCAAGACGUUUCCGUCUUGCGAAGCAAGCCCAUAGGGAAAUUCGUCUUGCGAAGCAACUCAAAAGACGAAAAACUCUUUCGUCUUGCGAGUUUUUCGUCUUGCGAGGUACCACUGUAUUGGCUACAAUAUAAUGCUUUUUUCAAACUUGAUUUCAGGGCAGUGAGAGGCAACCCAGGAAAGGCCUUCAUUGGUUACUCUUGCUUCACCAGUAGCACACCCCCUCACAAUAUUUGAUAACAUAACUAGAUUUCUAUGAAAUGGUUACAGAAUAUUGCUAGGCAUCAAUUGCAGGCUGAAAUGCGUAACCUGGGAUGCCUGUUGAGUUCAUAAACAGGCUCCCUGCCCCAAUGAAAUGACAACUAGAAUGCUAACCCUCCCCAGCUGAAACUAUCAUUCUGCUCUCAAACCCACUAAAGUGUGUAAAGGGACUUCCUUUUACAUAACGGCAGAAGAGGGCUGGCAUGACCCCAGUUAAAUUAGCAAAAAAUUAUAAAUUACCUUCAAAUCUAUACUGGAGAUGUAAAAAGGUUGAAGGCUCGUUAUACCACAUUUGGUGGAAUUGUGUCAAGAUUAUGUCCUUCUGGAACAAUAUUUACGAUGAAUUGAAAAAAAUCUUUGAAAUAACCUUCCCAAAAAAGAUCUGAGGCGUUUCUUCUUGGACUAGUCUCAGAAGACGUUCCCAAGGAUAAGUUUAGAGUUUUUUUGUAUGCUACAGCGGCCGCUAGAAUACUGGUGGCCAAAAAUUGGAAGAGUGAGGAGACUCCUUCAAUCUCAGAGUGGCAAAUUAAAUUUUGCGAAUAUAUUGAACUAGCCAAGAUGACAGCAUCAAUCAGAUUGCAAUCAAAACAAAAAUUAAGAAAGGAAUGGAAAUGUGUUGAAGAAUAUACUGUACAAAAUCAUUCUAUUAGAAAUCUCUGGAUAAGUAUAGACUGAACCCAUUAAAUUAAGAAGUUAUGCUUUCCUCUUUCUUUUCUUUUUUUAAUAGAUGAAUGAAUAUUGUAAUGAGUAAUGUUAGAGGUUUCUAUUAAGUAAUAAGUUGGAUAUCAUUCAUGUGGGUGAAGGAAGUCACACGGGCAUUUGGGUAUAAGGGGAGGUGGUUGCAGGGUUAGAUGUGGGGAAUUUGCAGAAAUAAUAUAUUCAUAUUAUGUAAUAUGGUGAAGGUGUGUGGCAAUUAACAUGUAAUGUGAAUUAAUUGAAAAUGAAAUGUAUUCUUCUUAUUGCCGUUGAAUGUUUAAAAUACAUUGUUCAGUUGAAGAAAAGGGUCUUCAAAUUUAUUCCAGUUAAGUGAUAAAUAAAAUUUGCUUUUGAAUAAACUAAUUAUACUUUUUUUGUGCAGGUUAUGGGAGGACAUUUUCUUAUCCAGGCAUUCCCCAAUCCCAUGCUGCCCGUGCCAUGCAUUGAACCCACACCUUGGACAUGAAGGGUGGUAUCCAACAAAGUUGGGUUGGCGCAACAAUUUCUGUUUGUACAAUUGAACUUCCCCUCUAUCUUCUUGCCCUGUGUGCCCUCUAAAUCUGUUUUGGGUUUCCCUCCUCAAUGCAGUGGAGCAGAUUUGGAGAAAGUAUGGGGUGCACAUGGGGAGAGAAGGAGGCAAAGUUCUGUUGCACAAACAGAAGUCCUUCCACUAAUGGAACUACUUUGUUGGAUACUGCCCCAAAUGUUCAAUAGACAACCCUAAGCUUGCACUUGCUUUUUGCAUUUGUGAUGAGUGGGGUGUGUUUUGAUACAAAUCUUUUCAUGAAGCUAUGAAGCUUACCGACAUGUCCAUAGAGGUACAAUUGAAAUAAAUAUUUAGUAACUAUAACUCAUAUUAUGUGUAUUCAAAUCUUUUUUAUUAUUAUUAUUACUAUAUGCCCAUGUUUAUGUAAUAUAUUAAAUUUAUGCUGAUUGCAGCUGAUUACAUAAUGCUUUAAUUUCUGUAGGAGGCAUCAUCAGGGUUAGAUUUUAUUUUGUUUUUUUGAAUUCCUGAGCAAAUGCAGCUGCUGAAAUUUCUCUGUAAAGCAGAAUGUCCUUGAAGAAAAUCCAAAUAGCACUAGAGGCCAGCUUACACUUGUAGCCUUCAAAGAUUUUGCUGACCCAUAGACCAUGGUGUUCUUUGAAAAAGAAAACACACACAGAUGUAGCAAGAUUGCAUCCUAAUGCUAAAUUGCUGUGGUAUGCUUUGUAAAUUAACUAAUGUAUGCUGCUUUGAUUCAUCUGCAUUCCAAUUUAAAUAUACUUGGAAAAGUAUAAUGAUAAAUUCUUUGAUUUAAUUUCAGAUCAGUUUGGAACUCCACAGUCCUAGUGACUGCAAUUGUUUAGGCAAGGAAAAUGAGCUCUGAAGGUAAUUACUAUGCCAUCUAGUUAUUGGCUAACACAAAUUAUUUAGUGUGUGAUGCAUUGUAGAUUCCAUAUAACAUAGUCCUGAUCCCUGACAACUGGAAGGUACUGGGAGUUUAAGAUCUGCCUUGAUUUCUUGAAUUGGGUCAGCGCUAGACUUGCAUAUGGCAAUAUUUAUAAGGAUGUAUCUAACUGCACUGAUAUUCCUGGAAGUUGUGGAUAGGGAAGUGGGUUACGGACUUCACUAUGGCAGUCUCUGAAUACUUCUGAGGACUGUCUUUGAAGACAGACACUUAGUAGAGUUAUUCCUUAGUAGAGUUUUCCUAAUCAUUGCUUUUAUUAGUAUUACUAGUGCACAGUCAAAGCAUUUCAGUUGUUAAUUCAUUAACAAAACUUUCCCAGCUAUGCACAGAUAUUGACUAUAUUCAGCUAUCCCUCACCCUUUCCCCUCCCCUUUCUUCUGGAGUUCCCCAUUAUUGAUAUGUGUAACCUCAUCCCAUGAUUUAUCUCCAGCUCUCAUCUUCUAAUCAUAGCUGUCAAGCGUCCCUUAUUUGGCGGGACAGUCCCUUAUUCCAGCGCCAUGUCCCACUGCUGUCCCAUAUUGAUGAAAAUCUCUUAAAUAAGCUACUGAAGGUAAUGGGGCCCUUGAUAUGUCCAGCUUGCUUUGUCAACAACAAAUUGUUGCUGUUUUUUGUGUUGAAUAUAUGCUAUAUGGUAAUUUAUGGACCUAAUAGGUAUCUAAAGCCAUUUGCACGCAACAAAAUAUGUGUUUUAUAAAAGUAAUUGUUGAUCCCUUAUUUUGGCUGCUGAUCCCUUAUUUUUGAGGCUGCUCGUCUCUUAUUUUCAAAUCUGUAAGUUGACAGCUAUGCUUCUAAUUUAUUUUGCAUAACGAUCAAAAUUUGAUAUGUGGAUUUUGGUACUUUUUGCAGAUGUUUGGAAAAGGAAUGAUUCUGAAGAAGAAGAAGAAGAAGAUUAUGUUUCCAGUCAGUCAGAAGAACAAUCUGAACCAGAAUUGGAACCAGAGGAUCCUGAAGAUCCUAUUUAUGCCACAGCUCCAACAGUUAAUAUUCGGGAUGAAGGUUCCAUUGACGUGCAUACAUGUCCUGCGUUUGAGUGCCUUGAUGAGGUAGUGUACUCUUAGUUUCCUUUAUGUCAGCAUGAUAGAUACUAUUUUCAGUUGAAUUGCCUCUGUAGGAAAUUAAAAACAAAGCAACUUUUAAGUACCUAUUGUGAAAACAGCAUUGAUCUAUCACAACAGCAACUGAAAACAAGAUACAGGAAACCAUCUUGUCAAAAGCAUGCAAACUGAAAUAAAACAAAUGAAAAACUCUGCACUGUUAUCCAAGCACACCACUUUGCCUUAUUGGGGUAAUGUUCUUGACUUUGGUGGAAUGUUCAUUAUCUCCUUUCCACAAAUAUGUUAAACAGAAUUCCUAAGAGUGCCUUUCAAGGCUUUGCAUAAGAAACAGCAAGGCAUAGAAUAUGUGUCAAAUGUAAACAUCUGUUACUUUUGCAGAGCUGACACGAUUGCUCUUUAUAGUGAUCUGUUCCAGGGGUAGUCAGCCUGGUGCCUUUGAAAUAUUUCUGGACUACAGUUCCCAUAAUUCCUGGCAUUUUCCAUGCUGGCUGGGGCUGAUGGGAGUUGUAGCUCAACAACUUCUGGAGGGUGCCAUGUUGGCUACCCCUGGGCCACUCAAAGGAGAUGCUGUUGACAUAACUUUGGAAAAGGAGAUGUGUGGUGGGGUGAAAUGAAGUUUUUGUGCAGCAGAAAGACCAUACUAACAAGUCUUAUUCCCUCACUAUUGUUUUGGCUGCUGCUUUCCUUAAGAUACGGGAUAAAUCUCUUUAAGGAUUGGGCAAUAAUAUACACAAACAUGCCAAUAUCAAGAAUCAUUGUCAAAUGAUUGCCAUUGUUUUGGCAGCUAUCCAGCGGUAUGAAGUACGCAUUAAAAGUUUGCUUGGUGACUUUAAUUUGUAAAAUUAUCUUUUUUGUCAUAAAAAGAGUUUUCCGAAGGGGGAACGAGAACAGACUUAGGAGAGCAUGGCAAGUUCAAACUGCAUCGGGCAAUUAAAAAAACAUAUACCCCUGUUUUCUUCCGCACCUUUUCAGAUAUUUCCCCUCUGUUUUUCCUGUGGAUUUGUUUCUCCUGUGGAUUUGGUCUUUAGUUUUGUCUGACAGGAAACAGUGAAGUAAAAUUAGUAUGUUCUUAAAUUCUUUUUGCUUAUAAAAUUUACGAAACAUUUUCUGUUCAAACACACCAAGGCCUAGCCAAAGAAGAAAAUAGUUUCCUAACACUUUUGAGAAAGAGCUGAAACAAAACUUUCUCUGGAUUGCACUAAGAAUGGCACAAAACUAAAACACGAGAGACUAUAAUAUAAAACCCUGUUGGCUUCCAUUGCACAGAAGCCAACUUAAAUCAAAACUAGCAAGGUGCAGACACAAAUGUAAAGCACUGUGCGUUGCAAGCUAAACCGUAGUGUUGGAACAAGCGCCCAAAGACCUCUGCUUAUGGUUGGCUCUGUUCCUAAGACCCAGUGGGAAAUUUCAGCCAUGCCAACAUUCUCAGAUAUUCAUAUAUCAAGUCAGGUACAUAUGCCACUGGCUUUGUAAUAAGAUCAUUCUAUAACACAGGCACAGUGCUUUAAAUUAACUGUUAAGUUUUGUUUUUUUAAAAAAGAGAAAUAAAUAAAUGAUGUGCUGUGCUGUUGUACUGUGCAGUACUCUUAGUGCAUGUGCACAGAUAGCUAAAAAAACAACCACAAGGGGAAAAUAAAUUUUAUAUUGGAAACCUGUGGCAUGACUUGCCACAUAAACUUCCAUGAGAGUAAGUCCCUAACAAAACGCAUCCUACAUUAUUGGACUUCGUUAACAUGAAGCUUUUUUAGAUUGACCAUAACAACCAUAUGAAAUGUUAACAAAGCAUUAUUUCCUUUGGGCAGUGCUGGCAAUCAGUAUGUAAAGUGCUGAUAGCAAAGACUGCUGUAAACUAGCCCCAAACAGCUACCACUGUAUAACUGACCUUCUCUGAUAUGGAUUUUUACCAAGGCAGCAUGCCCAGCAUCGAUACCUGAAAACUCUGGGCAGCUGCCAAGGCCCCAGUGUCAUGGGAAGGUUUACCACCAUUGUUGCCUCUUAAAAACAAGAAUUUUAACAGGCUUAUUGACUGCCUACAGCUGCCAUCUCUGUUCAGCAACAUCCUGGAAAUUGACAUGUUCAGCACUGUUGGGGCCAAAGAACACAGCCUUUGCAAAGAGGCCUUGUCACCUCUGGAGUAGACCCUGGAGGGUGAUUGGCAUUUUCCUUUACCCUUUUUGCAGAUUUUGCUGAUUGAAUAAAUGCACAGCAUUAACUAAUUCCCAGUGCAUCCAGGGGAAAAGAAAGGGAGAGAGACUGUGAGUCCCUUGCAUGCUAUAUAGAACCCCUGGCAUGACAAAAGCUAGUAUUCACAGUCCAGUAGAAGCUCAGGAAUGCUUGCAUCCCCUUUACUUUAGUGUGCCAUAAGACCAAAGUAGCCCUGGAGAGCGUUACUUAGCUAGGCAUUCCUGAAGUGAUAUGUGUUGUCUCAUAUGCCAAGAAUUCCUGAAGAUAUGUGCAAGUUUGUUCUUUCCAUACAUUACAUACACACUGGGCAAACUGUAUAGAUCCAAAGCAUUCUCUUCAGACCUAGUCCACUGCAUAACUGUUGCAAAGCCUGAUAACUGGUGUUUCUUGCUGUUUCCUUAGUUUUGCUAGAUAUUGAUCACGGGUGAUCAGAACUGCCUCCAUUUGGCUUUUUACAUGUACAGUGGUGCCUCGCAAGACAAAAUUAAUCCGUUCCGCAAGAGUCUUCGUCUAGCGGUUUUUUCGUCUUGCGAAGCAAGCCCAUUGACGGAUUAGCGCUAUUAGCGCUAUCAGCUGUUUAGCGGCUAUUAAAGGCUUAAAGGCUUAGGGAUUAGCUGCUAAAAGGCUAUUAAAGGCUAUUAAAGGCUUAGCAGAUUAGAUAAAGGGGGAAAGCGAAAAAAUCUCAAGACUCGCAAGACAUUUUCGUCUUGCGAAGCAAGCCCAUAGGGGAAUUCGUCCUGCGAAGCAACUUCAAAACGGAAAACCCUUUCGUCUAGCGGUUUUUCCGUCUUGCGAGGCAUUCGUCUUGCGGGGCACCACUGUAUGCACCUUUAUAUCCUGUUCCAGUUAACUGAAGCGAGCUGCCAGCUUUCCUGUUUCCCCACCGUGUGUUCAUUCAACACAAUUUUCAUGAUAGGUGAAUAGAACUGUUGUCUCAAUUAUGUACAUAUUUGGUUCAUGCCACAUUCCAAUGAAUUGUCCAAUGUGGUACACAAAAUGUACAAUAAAAACAAUGGUCUUCAAUUUUCAUUUAAGCUGGAACCAAUGAUCCAUUUCUGUUUCUCGAAGUGUUUACAUCUUCAGCUAGAAUCCUGUUGAAUUGAGCAUUGUGUUGUACCAGUAGAUAAUUCCAUAUUGGUAAGAAUUUAUGGUAGUAUUUAACAUUUUUAUUUGGGAUUUGUUUGUUUGAUAGUCACCAUUCAGCUCCUUCAGACUUCUCACAAGAAAAUAAUAGACGUACGGCUCAUCUCUUACACAAAGUGUCUUAUUUUUCUAAAACAAUGUAGCAUUAUAGGGAAAGGCUAGGAACUUUAGAAACGUAGAAGUAAUGAAUAAGGAUCGCUUAGUCCUGGUCCAUUUCAGCAUGUCGUUAUUUCCAUAAUGACCUCAAUUUGGCUAAACAUUUCCAUGUCAAUUUAGCAACGUGUAACAGACUGUUUCAUUGAUUUCACUCCUUGGUUGGAAUAAAAUCCUCUUCUUAACAGAGAUCUGUUUAAAUUCUGUGGUUUUUAUUAAUCAGCUGCUUCUUUUUGUAGCUACCCUCCUGAAGUCUCUACUUACGAUUGUUUCCAGUGAAGUCAGUGUGACUUCUUAUAACUUCUCCAGACAAUGGGUGGAAUACAACAUACAGUGGUGCCUCGCAAGACGAAAAGAAUCCGUUCCGCGAGUCUCUUCGUCUUGCGGGUUCUUUCGUCUUGUGAAGCAAGCCCAUUAGAGGUUUAACGGCUUAGCGCUACAGUAUUAGCGGCUUAGCCGGCUUAAAGAUCAGCUGAUAAGCGGCUUAGCCAUCAGCUGUUAAGCGGCUUAAAGAUCAGCUGAUAAGCGGCUUAGCCAUCAGCUGAUAAGCGGUUUAGCGGCUUGGGAAAAAGGGGGGGGAAAGGAAAAAAAACCCGCAGGAACUCGCAAGACAUUUUCGUCUUGCGAAGCAAGCACAUAGGAAAUUGCUUUAUGAAGCACCUCCAAAACGGAAAACCCUUUCGUCUAGCGGGUUUUCCGUCUUGCGAGGCAUUCGUCUUGCGGGGCACCACUGUAAUUAUACAUGAAUAUUCCGCUACCCCUCUGCAGCAGAUUUGGGGAGGGUGGCUGGGAUAGGAAAGGGUUUGUGCAAGUGGAAAUCCUUUUGCUGCUGGAAUGGAUUAGUUGAAUACUGCUCAGUAUUUUACUGAUAGGAUUAUAAAAGAACCAGUCUAGGUCUAGUGCCUCAGUAUCUUAUCCCUAUGCAAUUGUUGAGAAAUAGCAUUGUUGCAAGUGGGGUAAAGAUAUGUUGUUUGUAUCUCUGUCUCCCUCCCGCUGAGCUAUUAGAUGCUUCAACAUUUCCACUGUCUAUUCGACUAAGGACAUGAGCAAAUUCUGGAAGGGGAGAGUAAUGUUGUACCAUUUUGACCUUUAAAAACAAAGAAACAGAAACUUUGCACUAGAUGAGUGCUGCAACCCUGCUCUAGGGUAUUUGGGUGCCAGACAACCACUGCGGAUAUUUUAAAAGUUAAAAGUCAAAUUAGAAAAAUAAAUAAAUCCCAAAUUACAUAGACAUUGAAGGGGUUGGGGUGGUUAUUGCUUAUCAGUGGUGAUACAGUGGUGCCCCGCAAGACGAAUGCCUCGCAAGAUGGAAAACCCGCUAGACGAAAGGGUUUUCCGUUUUGGAGGUGCUUCGCAAAACGAAUUUCCUAUGGGCUUGCUUCGCAAGACGAAAAUGUCUUGCGAGUUCCUGCGGGUUCCCCCCCCCUUUUCCCAAGCCGCUAAGCCGCUUAUCAGCUGAUCCGCUAAGCCGCUUAACAGCUGAUCGCUAAGCCGCUUAUCAGCUGAUCCGCUAAGCCGCUUAACAGCUGAUCCGUUAAGCCACUAAACCGCUUAUCAGCUGAUCCGCUAAGCCGCUAAGCCGCUUAUCAGCUGAUCCGCUAAGCCCGCUAAGCCACUAAUAGCGCUAAUCCGCUAAACCGCUAAUGGGCUUGCUUCGCAAGACGAAAAAACCGCAAGACAAAGAGACUCGCAGAACGGAUUCUUUUCGUCUUGCGAGGCACCACUGUAUUACAUUGUCCAGUAGGUACACUUGACAUUCUUGCAACCAUAUUUCUCGCACCACUCUGAACAGCAGUGCAGGUACUAACUGGGGGGGGGGGGAUUUUCCCAUGCAACAAAAUAAUGUGGUUUGAAUGCUGCUGGAAAUCUGACAUCCCUGCCACAGGAAUACUGCCUUGAGAAGAUGUUGGGAUUCCACACCACAAAUUGUUUGUUGUGCUCUAGAUAUAAACUGAUUAUGGACGGUGAACCUCAGGGUUGCAGCAGUAUUCUGUGAGUUCUUUAUAGAUAUAUUGUUUAGAUGUAGUGUAAAGUUUCACUAUGGUAUUGAGCAAUUAAGCUAUCCCGCACCAUGCUACUGCAUAUCUAAAAGUGAAAAGUCCUUGGGAGAUGCUGUGGCAAUUGUUGGGAAAUGUGCAAAACCAAACGUUUUCUUCACAGAGUGUUAUGUAGUUGAGCCCAUGAAUCAGUGUGCUAAACCUAACACAAUCGCUAAGCACUUGUUGCAAUACAAGAGACAAUGGAAACCAAUGAUACGUGUCAGUGACACUAAAGGUCAUCAGGGCAUGCAGUGGCAAGAUCUGUUGCCCAUCAGAUUCUGACAGAUGGCUAAAAAUGCUUUUCAGUAAUUCAUAUAUAUUACUUAAAUACUGUUUCUUAAGUGUUUGAUGGAGGAAAACUCUAGGGUCAGUUGGGAAAGGAGAGGCUGCUAUUCCACUUAGGAUACUCCAUAACUUAGCGGGUAGGAACAAUAGAAAACUUGUCUCCCAUUAGGAUGGCUUGAUAGCUGCUGUAGGAUCAAAGCUUCAACACAUGUGAGUGUUGCUUGCAGCAUGUUUUGUAUUGGGAAGAGGACAAACAUUUAGAAAGACAGAGGAGUAGGUUUGCAAAAGAGGGAAAAUUAGAGUAGUGUAUGACAACCAUGCAAUUAUCCUGGUGUGUUGGGGUUUUUUUUUGUUUUUUUGCAGGGAACUGCAAGGAGGGGCUAGGAGGUUGAUUGUAGCAAUAACUAAGGGGUGAUGGGAGACAACUCAAAGACAAACAACGAAGGAAUAGACGUAAACUAUAAUCUUUGCAGAAGCCAAAGUUACCCAGACCUCACCACAAUUUAGUCCUGAGAUCUAUCGCAAAAGACCUGUUCUUUGAUGCUAUUUAUGUCAGCGUAGUUAUUAUUACUUCCCCCCCCCCACCCCCUCAAUACCUGUGGGCACACCUGCUGCUAAGUAGCAUUAGAAAAGAAUAAUGUAUGAAGCAAUAAUAAAUUUAUUGAGCACUCUCAGUGGUGGCCUGAGUUCUGAAAGCAUCACAGAGGACUGGGAUUGCCAGCUUUUUGCUCUUGAAGGGCCCUUGAGCGCUUUAGGGAGCGGCAUGGAGUGGAGUCAUACAUGCAUCUUUCACCUCAUUACAUCUUCAUUGCAGUAUUGCUGCAUUUGUUUUACGACAGUUGGUUCUACUGCAUAUGCCCUCUCUCUGAUUCUGCAAGAUUGGCUGGGAUUCCUCUGUCAUAAAGGUUCUGUCAGUGGUUGACUCCACCUGUGCAAGGGUAACUUGGAAGUGAUUGCAACUGGAAGACAGUAUUGGACUAUUACCUUGUUUUUCAGAAGCCCAACCCAUCUCUGUGUUUUGCUUUUUGUUUUUAUGCCACAGACAUGCUGGAAUGUUGACAAAGCCAAUUUUGCAAUAUGUCACUUUCCUAACUGCUGUAAAGCUGUCAACAUUGUACUCAUUAAGGCAAAAUAUGUAGUUGUGUUCCUGUUCUUUCACAGUUUGUUUUUCAUGUGACUAAGUACAUAUUCUGUGAUAUAUGCAGAUUUUAGGACAGGCAUUGGCAAAUUCAGCCCUCCAGAUGUUUUGGGACUACAACUCCCAGGAUCCCUAGGUAACAGGACCAGUGGUCAGGGGUGAUGGGAGUUGUAGUCUCAAAAACAUCUGGAGGCCCGAGUUUGCCUAUGCCUGUUUUAGGAGGAAUUUGUAGCCAGGUUUUAUAGAAUUAUGUUGAGAGUCUCAAGGUGUGACAUGAAGCUGCAGUGUAUUUGUACUGAGAUAGUGAAAGCACAUACACUCUCUGUACUUCAGGAGGCCAAAAGGCAAUUGGAAGGUGGAAUUGCUUAUUGAAAUAAAGGAAUGAGGGAUACAAAAUAAAUAAAUAAUGAUCACUAAUCAAUAGAGCUGAGCAUUUUUUCUUCAGAUCCAUCAGAGGGGCAAUUGCUUCUUCCUUCAGACAGGCUUGUAACCUUUUUAGCACGAGAACAGCACUGGAAUAUGUUAGUCUGUUAAUCUGAAGUAGAUUUAGUAAACUAUUCAAGAGAAGUUGUUUGUGGAUGCCCUGAGUAUUCUUCUCUGAGUCCAUUUCUCCUAUGUAGGAUACAAUCUCUUCAUAGGUCAUUCAAUUUUCCUUGGAUCAUGUUAACAGAUAUCGGGUAAGCAAUCCCAAAUUUCUCCAUGUGUAAUAGGCUUUGUAAGUCUUUUUUCUCCCAAAAGCCAGAUAGCACCUAAGAUAUGGUGCAAAAUGUAAGUAUGGGGAGAAAUUUGAUUCAGUUCACAUUAAAAGGCAAAUUUACCUAUAUUGCACUUUCCAAAACAAUUUGCAAGCCAAAACACAGCCACCAUGCAACUUUUCUACUUCUCUGAAUUUUGCAGUGCAGUUCUCCAGCCAAGUAAUGUAUACAGAAAGGUAUAUACUACAUUAAAGUCUGUAUAUAAAUGCAUUGAUUAAUGAAAAGAGCAAAAACAAAUGCAUUACCUUAGGGGAAAUGAGUUGCAGGUUGCUAUGGGGGGUGGGCGACCUUGUGUGUGUGUCCACUCCCCAAAUUCCCUUCCUCUUUAGAAAUCUUGCUUAGGAGGAACCAGAGGUUGAGGUUGUGGACUCUCCUUCAUUGGAGGUUUGUAAGCAGAGCUUGGAUGGCCACCUGUCAUGUAUGAUCUGCUGCAGAUUCCGGCAUAUUAGGCGACUGGGAGUAUAAGACGACCCCCAACUUUUGCUGUUCAAUUUUAGAGUUUUAGAGUUAUAGAGUUUGAGUGCCACCAGGGGCAGAGCGCGCACCCCCCACUGCCUCUGCCGUCGCAGCAGCAGCAGCCCGAGGUGAGGCGUUUGGCGGGCGAGCGCCACGCUCAGAAGGACUUUCCGUGUCCCCUUCUGUGGGGAGGGAGGAGCAGCGACGGCAGAAGGGGUGCCUCUGCUCACCGGCUCCCUCUCUUCCUUCCCAACGCAUAUACCUGGCAUAUAAGACGACCCCCGACUUUUGGGGUGAUUUCCCAGGGAUAAAAAGUCAUCUUGUACACCGGAACAUAUGGUAGGUGAGAUAUCUGCAUUGCAGGGGGUUGGAAUAGAUGACCGCUGGGGUCCCUUCCAACUCUACAAUUCUAUGAUUCACAGUUUUGUUGGACUUUUGAUGCCCUUUAAAAACAAAUGUGUUGAGGGGUGUGUGUGUGUGUGUGUGUGUGUGUAUGAGUAAAUGCAUGUGGGACGGGAGCCAAACAGAAUCUUUGACCCGGGUGAAAGAAAGCCUCGUUUUGCCCCUGCUCCAUCCCAUUUAUCAUUUUUGGUUGCCCUUUUCUGAGCAUUUUCCAAAACUAAAAUAUCCAUUUUUAGGUGAGGCAACCAGAACUGUACUAAGUAUUCCAGAUUCAGUUGCCUUUCUCACAGCUGCUGCUGUGCCAAUUAUAAACAUGUGCUCACUGGCUUCUUUUUUAAGGUAUCCCCCCCCCCCCCCAUAUAUCAAGUGCACAUAAUUUGUGAAACUUCUAAUGUUAGCUAUAAAAAUGUUCACCCAGCAACAGUUUUGAAAACACUUUCAGGCAUUUACUUAUCCAAACAUUGUGGCGCAUUCCAAAUCUUACUAAAUCUAAACCUUGCAAAGCUUUUGGAGCAACAUUAAAGCUCUAUAACUACAUUGGCAUAAAAAAUAAGACAGAUGUUGCCUUCACCUCCAGCCAAAAGGCUCUUAACAGCAAUUAGGCAAACCGUUUCUAUCCUGUCAGGCUUAUCACUGGGGAAAUCAUUGACAGUGGUGCUAAUGUGACUAUCAUUGUGAAUGCCAAUGUUUAUUACAGAACCUGCUAGCAGGCAUGUGGAAUCAGCAAUACAAUGAAGGUAUGUCUUCCAACAUUGACAUGGUCAGUCUAGGAAAGAUAUAUAAUACCUAGGUGUAUGUAUCCAAACAGUUCUGGAACUGUUAAAGUACAUGCUGAUAGCUUCUGAUGAGGCCAACAGCAGGGCAGAAAAUUCAUUUUGGUGCAUGGUAAGAUCAGCGGCGGAGCAAGCUGAUUGGGCGCCUGGGGCGGCGUGCGUGCCCUGUGCCCGGGGGUGGGGCCAGCUGCCCGCGGGGGUGAUGUCAGCCAUGGCAGGACGCUCUCUGAGGGGUCUGCCUGCCUUCUCCCACUCAGCCGCCCUGCUCACAGGAGAGAUGUGUGGGUCAGGCGCACUGCAGGUCCUGUGGUGAGUGCCGCAUGGCAUUUUGCCACCCCCCUCAGUGGUGACACAUGAUGUGGUCCACCUCCACCGCACCCCCCUUCCUCCACCCCUGGUAAGAUACACUGAUACUAAUGCACUUGAAGUAAGGUAAAGGUAAAGGGACCCCUGACCAUUAGGUCCAGUCGUGACCGACUCUGGGGUUGCAGCACUCAUCUCGCUUUAUUGGCUGAGGGAGCCGGCGUACAGCUUCCGGGUCAUGUGGCCAGCAUGACUAAGCCGCUUCUGGCGAACCAGACCAGCACACGGAAACGCCGUUUACCUUCCCGCCAGAGCGGUACCUAUUUAUCUCCUUGCACUUUGACGUGCUUUCGAACUGCUAGGUUGGCAGGAGUAGUGGCACUUGAAGUAGACUUUAGCAAAAGCAAGUUUCUAUGUGUUAAAGAGGCUUCUCCUCAAGUAUAUGUCUUGAGUAGAUUAUUUAUUCAGCUAUUAUCCGGGCAUGAAUAUAAAUGUAGCAUUUUCAGCUAUGGAGAAAAUAUGCCUAACAGAGCAUAGUCCAGAUGCAUAUUAUCUGACACCCUUUGAAGACCUUGCUGCUCACAUGCUUGCCAUCUUAGCUGACACCUUAUUUAUGUCAGUGUGGGUAAAUGUUCUGUUGUUCAAAAUGUGACACAGAGGGCUUGUCCAGACUUCCUUUUGUGCUAUGCUUCUAGGCACAGGUCCGCACUUUAAAGUGCUGUGUCCUACCAUUCCCGCCCCACUCUGCUUUUACCGCUGAAUCAGAGCAAACAGCAAUCCACAGAAAACCCCUUCUUGCCUUUUGUUCUGAUUCAGUGUUAAAGUGCCGAUUUCCGCAGGGAAAGCACCUUGGCAAAAAGAAGAGUGUGUGUGUGUGCUUGGACACAGUGCUUUAAAGUAUGGCGUUGUGUCUUGAAAGUGCAGGGCAAAGGGUAGGUGUGGAUGAGCCCCUUGUUGUAACGAAGUUUUAUUAACUUUCUAAAUGACAAAUCCUCAGUGUUAAACUAUGUUCAGCAUUUAACUAUGGCAGUAAGAAGCAUAUAAGUGUUUUCGCCUUUUGUAUGCAUUUCAGAAUACGAUUGGACUAAUUGCAGGUGUUAAAAUAACUAUCCUUAUUUUCCUACCUUUCUUAAAUCAGGGGUCAAAUAGAGGAAAUAAGAAAUGAGGGUUUCAAGGUCAGAGGGAAGUGCUUAAUUAAUCUGCUGGGAUUUUUUUUUAAAAAAUGGCAGGCAUUUAAAACUGCUGGAUUAAAUCAAAACGUCUUUGAUGCCAGUGGAAUACUUUCCUUAUUUUGUAUAUCACACUGUACUGAAUGUGCUGAUGUGGAGUUCUCUGUUGUCAAGAUUCUAAAAUUUCCUUUUAUUAAUAACACCUUGGAGAUAUAGGCCUGCUGUAGAACCCCCUGACCUUUGGUGUCCUCUUAGAUCUCCUGCUUUGCACCCAAUGCUGGGUUUUUAAAAUCUAUUUCAUCCAUAGACUUCCAGGUAGGUGUCUAGUGCAGUAGGAACAACCAAGAGCUUCAGUAAUGUGCAAAUCACCAUGCUGUAUUCCCUGUAGAUAAACUUCUUCCACUCUUUUAGGGUUACAAGAACUCACUUUGAUGAAACCUGUUCUGUUUGUUCUUAUCUAUGGCCUAUAAUUUCUCAUUUUGAAAUGUCGAGCUGUUUUUCAAUAUUUGGGUUUUCUAAAUUUUAAAUUUACUAUUUACUGCUUUCCUUUAUAGAGUUAGACAUGGGUUUCAUGACUAUAAUACUUACUAAAUGCCUUCAUUUUUAAAAGGAUUUAAAGCCAUUAAUCCAAAACAUAUUGUUUUAGGUGUUGCUUUAUUGCAAAUAGUGUUAUCACAUUUUAACUCGCUUUGCAGUGUAGCAGAUGCAUGAAACUGUUCUUUUCCACAGAAGAAGCAGCCCACUUCUAAUAGAAGGAAAUGCUUUGCAUCUUAAGGAUAAUUCUGAAGAAAUUGUAAAAGGCCCCAGUUUCUUUGAUUAUAGUGUCCCUGUUGAACCAAACUCUCUCUGCCAGAAUACAUAUGUUAAUACAGUAUUGCCUAUCCAAAACUAAUAAGGCUUUGAAUAAAUGUCCACAUUAAACUGCCUUAUCCAAGCCCUUUUCUAGAAGUAGAAAAGUGUGGAUAAUUAAUGCACAUGAAAUGUGACAGAUCCUUUCCCCUAUCAGCGGCCUCCUUGCUCAACUGUACCCAGAGAAGAUGCUCUCCAUGUGCUCAGGAAUCUUACAAAGGCAUGGCUUUGGAUAGUGUGGAGAAAGCUCUCUUUAGAUUUUCUAAAGGCUGCUGUUGAGUCCCACCUCCUCCCAUUUUCAUUACAGUCCUUUUGAAGCAUUUAAACUGGAGAUAGAGCCAGGGCUGUCUAUUCCUGACUGACAGCCGACGGUCUACUCUGCUCUAUCCAAGCCAGCGUGGCCUCACUUCCUUGGUACCAGAGAGUCUUUUAAAUGGAGAUGCUAGGGACUGGACUUGGCACUUUCUUCUUGCAGAACGCAGACUUUUCUCCACUGAGCAAUCGACCUCCCCCCAAACUUCUCUGUUGUGAACAGCUGUCAGGCAGGAGCCCUGCAGGUCAAUCACUGGGCCACCAGGGUUCCUGCUUUUGCUUUGUAGCAGCUUCCUUGAGUGUGUUCAACUUAUGCCAAGAGAUCGGGGUGUGCUUGGAAGAGCACUUUGAACUGGCAAGUGUGUAUUUUGUCCUGAGUGUACCCAUUGGGAAUUUGCAGGAGGAUCUGAUGUAAUCAUUCUUAAUUUACAAAAGUUCUGCAAACCAACAGCUUUUGGUUCAAGAGAAGGGAGAAGAAAAGAUACAACUUAACCAACCUUUGUGGAAAUGAUAUAUGACAGUUUCAUUUGUAUAAAAGCAUUUAGUGAAUAAGAACAGUAUUGGUAAUUGCUUCAAAACUUGGUGUUCAAAAUUUCAUUAUUUAUUGGAAGGAUUUCAAAUAAAUAAAAAGCUGGUAGCUUCACAGCAAGGAUUAAUUUUGGACUUAAGUGUGUGGUCUUGGACAAAAUGCGUAUCUGUGGUCCAAUCUAGGGAACACUGAGAGUUUUAAUUCUGUGAUGGGCAAGAAAUUAUGUGGACUCUCACAAAGUUAUAGCACCUAGAUAGUUUGAAUGAAGCUGUGGUAGCUAAACAAGUUUUAAAUUGUUGGGCACAUCUACACAAAGAUCUGAACUGAAAACAACACAAUUUAAUACAGUACAGUGGUACCUCUGGAUAUGAACAGGAUCCGUUCCGGAGCCCCGUUCGCAUCCUGAAGCGAAUGCAACCCGUGUCUGCGCGGGUCGCGAUGUGCCGCUUCUGCGCAUGCGCGUGGCAUUAUUUUUGACCGUCUGCGCAUGUGCGAGCGACGAAACCCGGAAGUAAACGCUUAACCUGAAUGUUUGUAUUCUUCUGAUUCAUCUAACUAUACUUUUAGUUGUGAAUUACUCUGCCUUCUGUUGAACAGCCCUACUUGGCUAGGUCUGUGAAUGGUAAUAAUGCCUAGAUCGAGAGGUGUGUAUAUGGUUGUACGCAGGAAGCUGUAACUGUUGUGUGCCAAGUUAAAAACGUUGCUUCUAUAGCUCAAUGCACUUUUGCACCUGCUGCACUCACCCCUGACAUGUCAUCCUUGGAAGGUCCCCCAUGAGGGGUUUGUGACCCUCAGACUAGAAAGAAAAGGUCUCCCAUCCCUAAUACAUAACAAUGAAAUGAAAGUAAUAAAUGAGCAAAUAAAUUAUGGAUAGAAAGCAUUGCAAAUAAGGUGCUGCCAGACAUUCAGGCAAAUUACAACGGUUUUAUUGUUGCCUAAAAGAUAGUGAUAUAAGCUUUGGAACUGUGCUUGGGAAGGGAGUUCUAAGUCUGGGUGCCACCACAGAAAAGGAACUGUCCCCAGAAGCCACCCAUCACAUCUCCGAAGAAGGGGAGAGGUAUUCGGAGCAGGGCCUAAGCCAAGAAUCACUGCACAUAGGCAAGUUCAUGGGGGGUUUCAUACACCUCAUCCCAGACCUACAGUUGAGUGGCAAAAAACCCCCAGCAAUUAGAAUUGUGCCCAGAAGCAAACUAGUAGUCUGUUGUGCAGAUCUUUAAGCACUGUACAGUAUGUAAAUGCAGUAACCAAAACCAAUCAAAAUUACAGUAGAUACUUAUCUUCUAUUGACUUCAACAUGGUUUGGAGGAAAUCUUUUACUGCACAUCAUAACAAGUGAUUACAUUCAUUUCUACAUUUUGGGUUGAAUCCUGUGUUCAAACUUCACUCACAGGAUGUUCCCCAGGAGUCUGUUUUCCCCUGCAGCCUUCCGUAAAGCUGCUUCAGAUAACUGAGGAAACCCCGGAAAAGAAUGAGAGGUGAAAUGGGAGCCUGGAAGGAGGAUUAGAUGAAAAGUGAACAGUGAACAGAAGGAACCCUUCCAUUUUCAGACGGGACACACUGGACCCAAUCCUGUAACUUAAGGAUCUUUUCAUCUAGAAAACUCACCAGCAACAACCUCUAAUGAUGAUACGUAACAUUUUGCAGCGAAGGUGAUAGAAUCUCUCAGUAUUAGAUUUGGUUUCCCUCACCAGUUAAGAGACAUUUACUAUGAAGAAAAAUAGCCAAAUUGCAUGGCACAAUUGGGCAUAGUUCCAUCUAGCAAAGCCCCUUUAACAACACACACACACACACACACACACACACACACACACGUGUGUAAAUCCACAUACUUUGGUCAUUAGCAACAAUACACAAUGAAAAUUCUAAAUGUAUUUCUCUCUUUACUGUUCACAAAUAUAAGGCAUUGUAAGGAUGCCUCUCCUAUAAGUUCCUUCUGUGGCAUAUACAGAUAUAUACACCUAUAUUAGCCAUCUUUGGAAAUGCCUACUGAAGAAGCAAUAUCACUUAGAUCAUAAUUGCCUAAAGUGGCUCUUUAAAAAUAAUAAUAUUUCCAACAAUAUACCAGAAAUCUGUUUGAGAAAAAUGGCACAUGUUAUCUUCUCCCAUGACAUUCCCCCCAAAAUGCCUUCCAUGCCCUACUAAUGUGCAGAUGUCAGCAGUGUUAAAUUUUCUUAGAUUAGUAGUAGCAUAGUUGCCAGGGAUGUUGCAGAUGUGUCUUUUGGCAUUGCUAUAUCGUCUCUUAUUUCAAUAUCUAUUCUUAUGCUGAUAGGAGUACGUAGGAUUGCGACUGUCACACCAGCUGUAACCCUGAUGUAGGGGCUGCUGGCAUAAGUGGAUCAUACGACUGGCAUAUAAAGCCCAGAAUUCCCCCUGUAAACUUGAAGCCUUUAUAUAUAUUUUUUCAGUUAUUCGUCUCUUGAGUACAGACAACAUUUUCUAAUGAGGUCUGAAAAUAUUGGUUGAAUCCAUACAAAAUUAGUUGCACAUAAAUAAACCACCACAUUAUGUUCAUUAAUAUUUUUAGAGAUUUAGUAUUGCAAUGUUUGGUCAUGUAUAAAAAUAGCAAGAUCAUUAGAAAUGCUUCCUUAACAGCAUUUAUUAGCCUUUAGAUUAAGAUACUUUGUUUUUGUUCUGGUACAGUCACAUAGUAAAAAAAAAAAAGCUAGUUGACAGUGGCAAUGAAUUAUUAAACUAUAACAUACUGAAUCUAUUAUUUACAUAGAAAAAAUCUAGUUGUCUUGGAAUACUUGAGUUUAAGCCAGUUUGGGCUCACUAGCUUUGCAGCAGGUUGGUGGUUCUGCAGAGAUAUUUAUGGAAUAUGAUGAGGAAGCAGUACACUAAGGGUCUGAAACUGUUGCUCUCCAACUCUACAAAUCUGGCUUUGGCCUGUGGGUGGCUGAGGCAUUGUUUUGUGAUACGGCAAUAGUGGAAUGCCUUUGAAGUCAAUUUGGCAAAAUAAGCUUACACCCAGCUUCUGACCUAACAGAGGUUAAUGGAUAAGGCUGACACAUUAUUUGCUACCAAAAAAUUGAAUUGUUCCCUGUACAUUUAGAAUUUAUCAGGAGAGAUACAUUUGGGUGCCUUUGGAAGAGGCGUUUCUCUAGAAAAAAAAUUAAAUAUGGGACAUAACAGUUUGUUUGUUUUUAAUUGCACUCAGAUACUGGAGAAAAGUGUCAAUAUUGAGAAGUUACUAAUUCAUGGCACAAAGACUUUGGGUCUCAUCAUCAUUCUGACCUUUUUGAAAGGUUGUCUGUAACCAUUUAGAUUGUUAUCCGAAGCUGUAGGCCAGGUGCCCCAGAAAAUCCCAUUGCGAACACCUUUGUAUUUUUUGUGAUAAUAUACGCCAUUGAGAUUAGCCGCCAAGCAUGCGUCAAACCACCACCCAGAGCUAUAGUACGCUCCACAGUUUCCUGAUGGAUACCUGUCGUUGUCUCUAUCUGGGGUAGUGAAGAACCUUUGGUCAUGGUUGUAAUGUUUGGAGAAUUGCAGGGCGUUCCCAGCUGUACCACUGUAGCUGCCAAUACUUAAGCGGUAUUUGAGAAAUUCAUUGGUCACAUAAAAUUGUUCGUAUUUUGCAUAUUCUUUGACUCCGUUGAAAUCCUCAAGUUCAAUCCUGAGCUGCAUCUCCUUGCUUUUGGUCAGAAGGUGAAUUUUGUCAUUCCCUAGCCAGUAUUCUCUACUCAGGUUUCCGAAGCCAUUCUUGUAUUCUUUCCAUGUUCUGUUGAAGCUGGUGCUGCCAUCCUGACGCAUUUGGAACACUGUCCAGCCGCCUCCCAUAGAUUCCAUCUCACAGUAAACAUCAAAGCUGUCAUGUCUUGGAUCAGGACUAAUUCUGUAGAUUCCAUUACGCAGUUUGCCUGCUGCAUAAUAAUUGGAACAGUCUCCUUGCAGAAUCUGUAUAACUGGACAGAGAAAGGGGGUUGAGGAAGUUAGCCGCGUUAUUUACAACCCAUUUUUAACUUGCAUAGCAUAAUAGAAAGCAAUCUAAAUCCAUAAUGGAAUAUACACCUUUAGUCACCUUUCCAUUUGUGCAGUGUGUAUGGAGGUAGAAUAAAUGAUGCACAUAGCUCAAUGAUAUCAGAGAACAGCUUUUUUCUGUGCUUCUGUGAGUCAUUGCAAUAAUAAUAAUAAUAAUAAUAAUAUCAGUAAUGUAGGAAAUGACCCUCGAAGAAAACAGGGGAAGCAUCUGCUGGCACUAGUUUAAAUUUAAUAUGUGGUUAGAGCUGGAUUUGAUGACACUUGAGAACUUUUGCAAUUCCAAUUCUAUUUCUUAUAGAAGACUUUCUGCUGAGGUAAAUUGCUGCCUCAGCCUCUCCUUAUUUGGGCACGGGGAGGACUGGGAAUAGUAAUUUCUUGACAAGGGUAUGUUGUGUCUUCUGCUGUUGCCCACAACUUGCUUGGAUUUUUGUUUGCUUGUUCCCACAUGAGCUAUCAUUUCAUAUCAUAUGCACAACUGAUCCUUGUGGGGUCAGAAGCCUGUUCAGGUCAAAGGGGAGGGGGAAGCAAUAGGGGGCCUCCAGACGAAGAAACCUCCAUUACUGGUUCUAUUUAAUGAACUAACUUAGAGGACCAUCAGAGGCAUAGCUUUUAUAUUAUUUCAUUGCUUUGUGUGAGAACUCUCGUUUUUUCUUCACCGAAUGUUUUAUGUUGUGCUCCUCAGUGUGCAAUAGAACUAUCCACAUAAUUUUUGCAUAACAAUUAUCUUGAGACAGUUGACAAUUUGACCUAGGGUCAAAUGCCGAGUCCCCACUUGACAUUUGUUAACUUUUGCAUUAACCACUUAUGGAGAGCAGGAUAGUUUUAUUUCUUACAAGAUUGGCCUAAAGUGCUGGUGUCGCCUGUUGUUUUUUCCUAGCUAUUUGCAGGCUAUCGUGUACAAUUGACACUGACACUCAGAAAGAUGUCGUUUAAGAGCAUGACGGUGGUUUCCUGUAAACGUGUUAUUAUGUAACCUCUGGAUUUUAGAGUGGAAAUGAAUUUGGACAGUAUACUAAGCAGGAAUGCAACACUUUAUGAUAUAAAGUAUUUCUUCCAGGUGUUUCCUGAAGAUUAUGGCCUAUUUUAUUUCCCAAGCCAGUUAUAAUAGAAGCCUAACAAACUUUACAAAUGAAAUGCUCUUACAUUUCCCCCCAUGAAAUUAUUGACACAGCAGCAUUCAAUUAAUAUCAUUUGGAAUGAGGAAAUAAGUUUUCUGAGUUAUGUUGAUUCUUAUUAUAAAUUAUUCUGGGAGGGGAAAUAUUUGUCACCCCAGCAAAGAGACAAGUGAAGCUAUUGAGAGAGUUUGAAGUUUUCAUAAUCAGGCAUCAGUAUUGAUUUUUGGGCAGUGAUGAUAAAGGAAGAGGACUCAAGUUUACUUUAAGAGGUGCAUAGAUGCUCCCAACAGGUCUGCUCCUUGUAUCCACCCCCAUAUGAAUAUGUGUAAACUAUCAUUCUAAUACAUCUAAUAGAUACAAUGUACUCUGAUUCAUUUAUACUGUUGUUGCUUUAGAGAAGUGCAGCCAGCAAUACAUAUGCUGUUGGAUUACUUUUCAGGGACAUUUAGUCUAGAAAUUGUUUGUCUAUUAGUCAAGAGUCUUAUUCUUUUAAUUAUGCUGAAUACAGUCGUACCUUGGUUUUCGAACAGAAUGCGUUCCGGAAGUCCAUUUGACUUCCGGAACGUUUGGAAACCAAGGCGCGGCUUCCGAUUGCCUUCCAAUUGUGCAGGCACAUUAGAAACAAUAGCGGAAGCCACAUCGGACGUUCAGCUUCCAAAAAAACUUUAGAAAACCGGAACACUCACUUCUGGGUUUCGAUUAUUUGGGAGCCGAAACAUACGAGUACCAAGGCGUUUGACAACCAAGGUACGACUGUAUUAGAAUGUAGUGAAUUUUAAUGUACUUUCACAUACACUCAUGAUCCAGCUCCACCUAAUGUGGAUACUAGGAGAAGUCAUAACAGAUUCAGUAGUGCGUAUGGAUCACCCACCUGGAGAACACUGUGUUGCAUCUAACACAGUUGUCCCACUAGUGCAAGGACUUGUACAACAAUACUUCCUCUCCCUCUCUUCUCUCUGUGUGUUCCCCACACCUCCCACCCAACCUGUUAUGGAGGUUCUGCAGAAACAGGAGGGGGAGAGGAAGUCUUCGCACUAAUGGGAUGACUUGUUGGAUACAGCCCAUCAUUGUGUAUUUUUGCUUCUCUGGCAAUCCAUAUUGCUUUGGGUCCUUCUCAAGCAAUCCAAGACUCCGACACGUUGUCAUGGACUGGCUGGAUGCAGAGGAGUGGUGGAAGGCACCAGCUGGGGAACCCCCGAGGGAAGAAGGCUCAGAGCCUGGGGAGAAGUGAUGGGAUGAUGACGAGUGGUCAGAGGGAGAAGAGGGAAAGGACUGGGAGGAGGAGGUGUCGGAAGCUGUAGGAAUAACAAGGUUUAGUGAGUGGAAAGAGGUGGUGUCAGAGAGCAGUCCAGAAUCAGAGGGAGAAGUGGAGGCUGGAGGAGAGGGGAGCCAAGAGGCAGAGAUCAGGCAGGCUGCUUCCCCUUGCUGCUGCAAGACUAUUCAGGGAUAGAGAUUUAAAAUAGCCUAUUCAGGAAGAAAGAUUAUGUAUGUUCCACUCACUGCUCACAUUUAUCCAAACGAGCUUCAGCGUUCUUUUUUUCAACAUUCAGAAUGUUACAGACCGUUGUGCUGAGGUAUAAAUAUGCUUAAGAAGGCUAAGGAAACAUCAAAACACACACUGUGGAAUGUGAAUAGUUUUGAUUUAUUUCCUCCCAAAAUAUAACCAUUAAGCUUCAAGGCCCAAAGGAGUCACGUACCAGAAUGAACUUGAAGGUGAAGUAGGCAUCAUUCGAAAUUCUACUUCACAAUGAACUUAAUUCGCAUUCAGUUCACUCAGCAAUUAUGGGAACUACUUUUAAGUGCAGUUCAGAGAAUGUUGAAUGACUUCAGAGAACUUUUUUUUUUUAAAGAACUGAUUCCAAGCACUGUUUUCUAGCAAGAGCUAUGAAUUACAAAAUUAUUUCUUGUUAUUGUAACAGGAUAAUGUUCUUUUAAGUGCAACCACUAAAAAUAGAUGGGUUGGGAAAAGUAAUAGUCAAAAUGAUAUUUCAUGUAACAUUGUUUAUUUCAUGUAACAUUGCCAAGAUUCCACUCUAAGUAUAUCACAUGCUGUUCAUUUGGGAUAUAUUAGAGUUGCUCAGAUUUACACAUGUGCAGCUGUAAAACAUAAUCAUUCGUGUCAUCCAUCUGUAAGACUACACCUUCCUCUAUGUUCCCAAAUGUAUGUAAUAUGGCAAGUUAUUUAUUAACAUUUUGAAGUGUAAUUCAAAAUAAUAUUCAAAGGAAGAUUUUUGAGUUUCUUCGUUUUUGUUUUUAAAAUUUAUGUAACUGUAAGCUUUAAGUCACACCAAUAUAAAACAAUUGAUGCUUCCAUUAGGAAGUGGUAUGAAGAAAAGCUAAGCACACAGCAGUAACAAAAUGUAGCCAAAACAUUGUUCAGAUGUCCACACUCCAGGAUAAAUGGAAUUCAUUUUUAAAAAUCUCAAUAUAACCAUUACUUCCUUGGACCUAUAUGAGAAAUCAAUUUCUUCCAUUCUUUCUACCUGAACAGAAGUGAUAAAAGUAAAAGGGCGUCCUUAUUUCACCAGUGCAAGCUUCUCUGAGUUUGGACAGCUACCCACGUGUAACAUUGGAAAAUGCCCUUUAACAGCCUGAUUUUUCUGUACUUUAACAGGGCCAAAUCCUUAAAGAUUCUGGCCUGAAUCCAGGUCUGUCCACUGGCAAAAUAGUUGUGCAUAACAACUGGUAGCUACAAAUAGGGACACACAUCCCCCUGCACCUCAAAGGAUGCAGCCAGCCAACCCACUGAGAUGCCGAUGAACAUUGCAGUGUGGUUUCUGAUGUGCAUCCCCCCACCUGCUACAUCCGUGGAAAGUUGAGAUGCACACUCUUCUUCUCAUAAGCUUUAUUCUCGUGCUCAGUAAAGGAACGUAAGAAUUUGCCUGUAACUAACUGCUGUGUCAAACGCUGACAAAAAUAAAGUGUGGGGGUGUUCAAAAUCCUUUUAGCAGGAAAAGAAAAACCCAUUAUGAAGUUCUGAGGUGCUAGAUUCUCAUCCGUUUCAGUAACUUCCCUCACAGCUGAGCUAAAAGUCUUCUUGGCCCAACAAGAUGGUUAUAUUUUAUUGUGUUUCACUAAAUACUACUACUACUAAUACUACUAAUAAUUUAUUAUUUAUACCCCACCCAUCUGGCUGGGUUUCCCCAGCCACCCUGGGCAGCUCCCAACCAAAUAUUAAAAACACAAUACAGUACAGCAUUAUUGAAUCCUACUUUUGAAUCCUACUAUUGAAUCCUAACACAUUGAAUCCUACUUUUAUCUGCAAUUUUCCCCCUUAAUAUCCAGAUAUGCCCUAAUUGUAAAGUAAUAUGGUUCAAGUAACGCCUAGUAUUUACUUUUACUUUUUUGGUAGGUGGCAAAAAGUUAAUAGAUGUAUGUAAGGAAAUGCUGUUCUGAUACUUUUAGUAAAAUAGUAAAAGCUGACCUACCUGGUUGUGGUUGUGUGGCUGGGCAAUUUGAAGAGCAUUUAUUAUCCAGAUUGUUCACAGCAAAUGUCAGGUUGGCUACUUUGCUGUCCACAUAGCUUUCCACGUUGUUCAUGUUUAUGAGGUUCAUGUGCUCCAGCUGAUUCUGUAAAGAAUGGAUUUGGUUCUUUGCAUUCUUCAGACUGGCUGACAGCCUGGAAACCUUGUUCUGCAAUUCUUUUACUCUGUUAUCUUGUAUUUUGCUGUUGUCGACUGGAGCGUCUGUGCCAGGUGGCAGGAAUUCGUUGCUGUCUUUUUCUAGAUUCUCAUCUGCCUGCAGCUUGCAGUCUUCGCAGGACUUCUUCAUCUUGUUUACAACUUCCUUCAGGUUCUGCACUUCUUUGAGCGUUCUCUCAAUCAGCCGAAACUGCUUGGGCAGCUGGACGGUCAUUGGAGGCAAGGUUAUCCGAUACGGGCAUUCCUCUCCAUCACAUUCCCCGCUGCUUUUGAGCUUUAUUGGACAAGCACCAAUCAGUUCUUCUUCUCUGGCGCUGUCUGUGCUAUCAUCUGUCGCUGCAGAGCCAUUUGUAAAUAGCAGCAGAGCUGUCUGGAGCAAAAUCCUGUAAACGAGCUUCAUCGUUUCUGAGGAGCUGCUAGCCCAGUGAGGAAGUGUGCAAAGUUUCAGGGAUUUUUAUAAAGAGCAGCUAACUGCUGCCUCUGACUUAUCAGAGAGGCUGCCUGCACUGUUCUCGGAAAAGGGUGGGAGUUGAUUGCAUCACAGCAAGCUGCAGUGAUAUUAAUAGAAGAGUAAAGUAGGUAGCUAUGGGGAAAUUACUCAGACUUGCACAUUACAAAAUGUUAUCUCCGGCACCUGUCUGCAUAAUCAAACACAGAGAUACUUAUACCCAGGUAUUUAUUUUAGAAUAAUAAAUAUAUACACAACACAACAAAUACUACAUUUCAAAAACAAAUGUAUGUUUUUUAACAUGCUAGUGUUUGGUAUGCUUUUCAUUAAAAAAAACCCAACUAGCAAUGAAAUUGUAUGUGUUCAUUGUUAGCAUAUAAACAGUAUUAGGGUAGACUUCAGCCAACAGUCUCAGGGUGUGCUUAGUGGACAACCUUAGGGUUUCUUGGAAGCUCAGCAUAAGUUCUUCUGCAAGAAAAUUUGUAAUGGCAGCUUUUCCACUGUCAGUCUCCUGUCAUGCAAAGCUAUGUAUGAAUGUUUGGUGUAUUCUGUGAUGCAUUCAUGUGUUGGCAACAUUAUGCUCAAGAAGCCUGACCAAACACUCCGGAUGAACCAAGGCUGCACUCUGGAACAGUCUGAGGAAUCCUCUGCAGUGAAUUCUGGGAGAAAUGUGCGAAGGUUUUCUAGCAAAUAAAAUGAUGUAGAAAGUCUUCUUUGAGCAUUCUCAAAACUACCAUAUUUUGAUCAGGGGGAAACUGGUAUGUCCUCUGUACCGAAUUAUUUUAGGAGUCUGGUAUUGACACCCACAGUGAUUUUGCAGAGGUGUCUGCCCCUUUUGUGUUUGAGGUUGUGCCAACUCUCCACAAACUGAUGAUGCCCCCCAUAUAUUUUGGACUACUGCCCUGAGAAUUGGCCAUGUUUGCUGGGGCUGAUGAGAGUAGCUUGGGAAAGACUGCUACAUGCCAUUUUUGACAUACAGAGUGACACCACCCCUGUGCGCCCCCCCUCCCCAUAAAGUUUGAAUCUAUAUCACAUAGGACUGACUUGAAGUAAAUGUUUUUUAUUUGAGUUGAACCUAUUUCCAAGUAAGCAUGUUCAGGGUUGCAACCACAGGAUCACUUCACACAUUAUAGGUAUAGAAUCUUUGUAUCACUGACCUAUUUUGUAUGCAUGCAAAAUCUGAAGCAUUUGACUAGUUACACAUAUGGGUAGCUCAGUUGGUUAGCAUGUGGUGCUGAUAACGCCGAGGUUGCAGGUUUGAUCCCCAUAUGGGACAGCUGCAUAUUCCUGCAUGGCAGGGGUUGGACUAGAUCAGGCUUCCUCAGCCUCGGCCCUCCAGAUGUUUUUGGCCUACAACUCCCAUGAUCCCUAGCUAGCAGGACCAGUAGUCAGGGAUGAUGGGAACUGUAGUCCCAAAACAUCUGGAGGGCCGAGGUUGAGGAAGCCUGGACUAGAUGAUCCUUGGGCUGCCUUCCAACUCUACAAUUCUGUCGUCCUAUAGGAUAUUCUAUGGGCAUAUGACUUGUGGAAUGAAUCCAUUACGCAGGUCUUUAAUCUUUCCCAGAGGAGGGCAACCAAAAUGGUCAAAGGCUUGGAAACGAUGUCUUAUGAGGAACGGCUAAGGGAGCUGGGCAUGUUUAGCCCGGAGAAGAGGAGGUUAAGGGGUGAUAUGAUAGCCAUGUUCAAAUAUAUAAAAGGAUGUCACAUAGGGGAGGGAGAAAGGUUGUUUUCUGCUGCUCCAGAGAAGCGGGCACGGAGCAAUGGAUCCAAACUACAAGAAAGAAGAUUCCACCUAAACAUUAGGAAGAACUUCCUGACAGUAAGAGCUGUUUGACAGUGGAAUUUGCUGCCAAGGAAUGUGGUGGAGUCUCCUUCUUUGGAGGUCUUUAAGCAGAGGCUUGACAACCAUAUGUCAGGAGUGCUCUGAUGGUGUUUCCUGCUUGGCAGGGGGUUGGACUCGAUGGCCCUUGUGGUCUCUUCCAACUCUAUGAUUCUAUGAUUCUAAAACUAUCAACAUUAGAAGUAGCCUUUUGAGAGCUUCUCACAGUGAAUAAUAUUUCCUCCUCCUCCUCCAUCAUCAUUGUGGAGGUCGUUCACUUCCCCCUGUGAAGCAACAUUUCAGGAAAUAUUGUGAAAAUGUUACGCUGUUGCUUGUCUAUGUACCCUCCAUGCCCCUUCCUGGGCAAGGGAAACAGGAAUUCUCAUUUCAUCAGGUGUCUAGGAGACCCCUCCUCCAAUGUAAAGAUACAAAUCGUUCCUACCUCAGACCAACCGAUUCUUCAAAAAUGGUGAUUGCUGUCGAAUCUUACUGUAGAAUGUGCUGUUCACAAAGAUGAAACUGUCUCCUGAUCUUUUGACAGUGGAAAAAAUUAUUGGCCUCUCUGAAUGACCAUCUAGAACAGACGUUCCCUGUCUCCUAAGUUCUUCCUGCAAUCUUUGGUUAAGGAACUUCUUCCUUCAAGUUUCCUUAGAUACACUUUCCUAUCGGAAGGGCAGAAACAGAUUUCAAUCUUAGAUCCCUGGAUUGCCUAUUCAAUCAUAAAAAGAAAAUGUUAAAAUUAAAUUCUGACCUGAAAACUACGGAAGGGACUACAUUGAAUUGUUUUCUCGUGAACUGGGGACAGGGAUACUUAGUUUAUUAUCUUGGAAAAAUAUUCCAGGGUUGGCUUUUUUUUUCUUAGUUCAAUAUUUGUUUGGUUUGCUGACACCUCUCAGAGGCUUAAAAACUCUAUUACUGAGUCAUCUGAUGUUUAUUAAGAACAAUAUAGUGUUAGACACAAUGAACAAUGUGUGACACCAAAACAUGUGAUCAGGAGAACUUUAUCACACAUAGCUGGCACCAGAGGGAGGGCAAGCAGCCCCUCAAACAAGGAGCUUGACCCUCACUCACCCCCCAUUUCUGAACUCUUGUCCUUAAUAUUUGCUGUUAUUUUUCUUGCUCACCCACCUGGAAAUACACUUUGCUUCUUCUGCUUACCCCAGAAGUUUUGUUCUUGUGCCGCCACUGUUACCAGAACCUUUCCACAAUACCUGCAUCCUGUAUUUUGAUUGUCAUAAAUCUAUUGCUGAACCAAAAAAAUAGUGUCUGACAUUUAGUACAAUAGAUGUUUUGGAAUUCUUGUUAUAUCUUAACAAGGAAUCAACAUGUCCCUUUUCCAUUUGCAAAAUUAACACACCCAUGCUAGCCGGCCGUGUAAUCCCAUGCAUAUUUACUCAGAAGUAAGUCAUCAUGUUUUUACUGAGGGUUCUUACUGCAGGGUUAACAUGCAUAGAAUUACAGUCCAAGGUGGAAGCCCAGAGACCUAGACGUUGUAAUGUCUGUGGAAGUUUGAUAUAAAUAUCUUAUUUUUCCUUAUCUUACCAUAUGGUGAUGUCAAAGGCUGUUAUUGUUACUUAUGUAAUUAUAUUUUUUCACUGAGGCAAGCAAAGUACUGCAAUAAAAUGUGUUUUCAAGUGCGAUGGCUAUUUCCUGCUCACUGCCAACUACAUUUUAUCUCCAAGGCCUCAGUACUAAGUGAUAAUUAGAUGCUUUUCUGUUGGCUAGCUCUCUUUGCUUAUCCUUGAUCCUUGAUCACUGAUUUUUUAUUUUUUAUUUUUACUGGAGAAAGUGUCAGCCCAAUACAUUUUUCAGUCAAAAGUAGAGUUCAAAUGGUGCCCAUCAUGAUUCUUGCUAUACCCGAGGGCAGAUCUACCAUGAAACUAUUGAAGCUUAAGCUUCAGGGUCCAUAAUGCUGGAGGGGCCCCAGAAGCAACUUUAGUUCACAUUGCUUUAAAAUGUUGGGUCUAGGAGACCCAAUUUGAUUUGCAUGAGUCAAUUUGAUAUUUUUUUGUUAUUGUCUGUAUUUCAAGAAUACCAACAGUAGCACAGAUGUUGUAAAGGUGUGGUAAUUUGUCGUGGAACAACUUCACUGAAGCAGUUUGGUUACCCAGGUCUCGUUGCUGGUUGCGAAAAUGUAGGUCCGCCACUGGCUGUACCCCUCGGAUACAAAUUCCUGCCUUCAUCCUUCACCCCGACCUCCAUUGUGCUGCCUGAAGUGGGGUACAGAGAAUGAGAAAAAAUCCGGCAGGUUCAAGGAAAGGAAAGUUUGGCUGAAAUUUGCAGGAAUGAGGGUGGAGGGCAAGAAGAGUCUUCCUAUUUUUCAUUUGUUAAACUUUGGAAGGUAUGCAGAUUGAGUGGUGGAGAAAGCUGAUGAAAUGAAAGCUUAUUUUUUAAGUAAUAGAUAAAAAUACAAAGGUGUCAUCCAGAGAGGCAUAUUUGAAUCAUAUUUUGUAAUUCUUUCAAAGAUAAUGUCAGAACUGAAAUUUGUUGUGUAUUUUGCCAAACGCACAUUGUAUCAAAGGCAACUCAGAUGUUCUCUAUGUUAUUAUAAACCUGGGGAUUGAGUGCAUCUGUGAAGAGAAGAGAGUCAAAACUAACGAGAGGAUAAGUCAAGGAGAGGAUAAGUUAUCCUCUUUUUGCAACUGUAUUACAAUCUUCUUAGUUUUCACCUUACAUCGUUUCUAGGCAAUUCCAGUUCCCAAAUCAGUUCACACAGUGCAGAAUAGUUCCCUGAAUCAGUAGUGCCACAGGAUGUUGUAAAACCCAAAUUUCAUGGCAUUUAGAUUGAGUUACUACUCAAACCUAUGUAAAGGAAAUGGUACUUUUGCCUAGUUUUCUUUAAAAGGGAAAACAAGUGAGUCAGACUCAGAUUCUCAGAUUCAGUGUGUGUGUGUGUGUGUGUGUGUGUGUGUGUGUGUCCCAAUACAGCUGGUCAGAUGGCACACAUUUUGGAAAAUGGCACAUUACAAGCUUUGGGUAUCUUGUGAUGGUGACUUAUGUCCCUGGUAUGUAGUGUUGCAAUGCAUGUUUUAAAACUUUUGUAUUGCAAAACUAUACAUUCCUGACAAAAGGCCACAUUCUGCAUUUCGUAUUCAAAGAAGAAUUGAUCAUCAUUUUAAUAGUUCCUGUACCUUUGCCAUGUACCUUUAUGCAGCCAUGUAUAUUUUGCACAGUAGUUACUGCAAAUCUGAAUAAAAAUCAAAGUGAUACAGUACUUAUUUGUGCUUACUUCGACUGGUAAUGCAUGAGAAUUGUCAAACCGUUAACCUCUAUUAAAACUGCUAGCGAAGGUCUGGUGCCAGUUUAAACUUUCCUGUAACUACGUUUAUUUGUUAGCAGUGCUGGUUUAUGUUGGGUAAGAAGGAAAUAAAAUAAGUAUUCACGUAGAAAACCAUCUGGGGUGGUGUGGCUUUCCAGUUUAUUGCAUAGAAUGCCAUAUAUAUAUAUAUAUAUAUAUAUAUAUAUAUAUAUACACACACACACACACACACACACACACACAUAUAUAUACAUACAUAUAUAUAUAUAUAUAUAUAUAUACACACACACACACACACACCCUCAGGGAACAAGUUAAUUCCUUUGAGGCCAAGGUGGCUGACCUAGAGAAACUGAGAUGAGAUUGGCUGGUGGGUGUGAUAGCUGCAUCCCACUCUCAGGUUGACAGCUCUCCUGUUCCCACGGCAACAGAGGGCCUCAAUCUAAGGAAGGAGGAAACGUUCCCUUUGAUUGAGAAUGAAUUCAAGGAGGCAUCCAAAAAAAGGGUGUGAUGUAGGUGACUUCAGUUACCCUCACAUAGACUGGGUUACAUCUAUGUUUUGUGAGUCUAUGAUUCUGUGGCCCAGUCGCAACAAACAAGUACAAUUUCUAGAUACCCUAAACAGUUACCCUAGAUACCGUAGGUCAGUUUGCCAUGGAGCUGACCAGAGGGGCAGUGACACUGAACUUAAGUGGUGCAAGAUGUAAAAGUUCAUUCACUGAUUUGGAACGGUGACCACAGCGCUAUCAAAUUCAAUAUAUAUGUAAAUAGACAAUUGCCAAGAAAAUCCAACCCCAUCACAUUUGACUUCAAAAGAGGAAACUUCCCAAAGAUGAGGAAAUUGGUUAAAAAGGAAGUUGAAAGGAAAAGUCAGGAAGGUCAAAUCUCUCCAAAAGGCUUAAAAGUUGUUUAAAACCACAAUAUUAGAAGCUCUGCUAGAAUGUAUGUCACAGAUCAGGAAGGGUAAAACCAGGGUCAUGAGGAUACAAAUGUGGUGAAUGAGCAGAAUCUAAACAGCUAUUGGAGUCAAUAAGGUUUCCUUUAGAAAGCUGAAGGUUUUCCACUGGAAGAAUGAGGAACGGAGACAAAUAGUGGUGGCAUGAGUUGAAGUUCUUAUUGACAGAAUGAAAAAUGAAAACUUGCCAUGUCUGGACGAGAUUGACCUGGAAGAUCUUAAAGAAUUCCAAUAUGAAAUUGCUGAUCUUCUAUCAGAAAUAUGUAACUUGUGCCUAAGAUCAGCCACCAUACUUGAAAACAGGAAAGCAGCCAAUAUUACAUCAAUUUUAAAAAAGAAAUUCAGAGGGGAUCCUAGAAAUUACAUACCGGUCUAAUUUGAAUAUCUUGGAAAUAAAUUUCACAAAUGGAAGAGCAAAUUCUCACACGCUUCCAUGACCGGGGGAAACUGCGCUGGAAUUGAAAUUUAAGAAUUUUGUAUUUUAAAAUGGUACCUAAUAGUACUUGAGUGUUGAAAAUGAUAUAAAAUUCCUUCUAAGAGGAUUUGCUCAAUAUUGAGAUCCCAGCAAACAGAACCUAAUUUUUUAUAUACUGAAGCUUUAUACCACAAGUUGUGAAACAAAUCACCCCAGGCAUGUAAUCACUUCUGAGUAUUGCUAAAUACAGUGAAAAGUUUAAUUUGUUUUCACGUUAGAUAAAAGUGUUGCCUGAUUCGUUUCAUAAUAAUUAUUCAAGUAAAUUCAUAAUUGUCACUCUUACAUUUCUUAGUUGUUUUAUGAUGGAAAAAUCCCUGGAACCAGAAUGGCUGAAUUGAAGGCAAAGUACACUGUUCUGCAUGAUACUCUAGUAAGGUAGGCUUUGUAGACCUUUCUGUAUGUAAUGUGAGUACCUAUUUCUAGUGAUUAAAUAUUUGUGCUAAUUAUGUGUUUGUAACUCAGCAAGAAAAAUAAAAUAAAAUAUACUGAGAAAAAUUGUUCAAAUUAAAAGAUGGGAGAAGGGAACAAAGAGUGUGUUUCUGUUCACUAUAUCUAGCAUCAUUCCAAAGUUAGGUCUUCUGGAAAAGCCGGGAAACACUGUGUAUGGUGGUUGUGCCCAGUUAUUAAACUGUUCUGAAUGAAUGUCAAAUUCUUACAGAAAUGCUCCAUAUAUAUUUAUGUAAAUAUUUGAACAGCAUUGAAGAUUAUUUCUUUCACCAAAGCACUAGUUUUGUUGAAUCAUUGACCUCAAGGCUAAGUGUUUCAAGGUUGUAAAAGACAGUCAGACAACAGUUUCCUGCUUUCAGAUAUUAUUUCAUUAAAAUUUUAAUAUUGUAAGCAUGGAAAUAAUACUCUAUUGAAUGCGUACACAGAAGAAAGAGUACAAAGCAAAGAUUUAUCUCAGCAUUUGAUUCCCAAUUUUGGCCAUGCAGUAAAUAAUAAGAAAUCUGUUCCUCCUUUUUCCCUAUUGGUUGUCUUUCCCUACUGUCAAAAUUUACAUUCUUAGAUGUAUAGAGCAAUAAUCUAAUCUGACUUCUUUGCCUUUGUCACUUGGUGCUCCGAAGAUAUGAAAUAAUAUUUGUGAUUUGCAAUAACUUUCCAUUAUAGUAGUUGAAGGUUUGUUUCCUAAAUAUGUGUUUUAUCCCAACAUCGCUGUUUUGCUUCAGCUUACAGGAAGCAGAGAUUCAGCUGCUACAGGAUGCCAAACGUUUCACGGUCGAAAUAGAACAGCAAGAGCAGAUACUAGAAACUACUGAUCAGUUUCCAGAGGGAUAUUCUUCAGAGGUCACCAAACUGAGACAGCAGUACCUGAGAUAUGUCAAUGAAUACAAUGCGAUUCAGGAAAGGGAGUAUGAAAUUCAGUACAAGUUGAACAGGUAGAUAAUAUUGGAGUGGCUAUCUGCAAUACGAACUAUGUACCAAGGAGUAAUGACUGUCACUUAUCCAGUUGAUUGACGAAUGGGGAACCCUUGGUUUGCGUAGGCUAGGGCAGGGAGAGUGGAACUGCAUGGAGCCACUGGACUUUAACUGCCUGGUGAGGACACGAAAAGUGGAUGCAUCAGAUAAGGCAGUCAGCUGAAGUUAGGGCUAAACUACAGGUUACACUUAGUAUGUAGCAUGCAGAUAUGUCUCAUGUUUUCCUUAAAUUAAUUACAGGUGUGGAGGGCAAUUGUUACUGGGAUAAAUUCCAUACCCACCCCCUGCAUGGCUGUGAGGUUUAGGAAAAAUGUUUGCAUGGGGGCUACUGGGAACUUUUUUCUAAGCCUUGUAGCCACAAAGGAAGUGGGUUUUUUUGUGGGAGCAUGACUUGGGUGGAAGGGAUGUAAUUCACUUCUCUAUGCACCAGAGUCCCAAUAACAUUUGCCCCCCACAUUUGCAGCUAAUUAAAGAGGUGGGGGAGACAUGCCCAUUAAGUGUAAUGUAUAAUUUUGCCCUGAGACAUCUGAUGGGAGUUGGAGUCUAGCAACUGAUUGAAGAGCCCGGGUUCCCCAUCCCAGAGACAAAAUGUUGGAAACUAGUUGUUGCAGAUAUUAAUCUUACGAGUGAGUAAAUCCAAAAUUGUGACACUUCAGUAUUAUUAAAUUAUUUUAACAAAACCAAUACUUAGCCUUUCAUUUUGGCCCCUUUUGUUUUCCUUAGCUGUAUAUUGAAGCAUUUCAAGGGUACGUGCUUGCAAAUAAUUGAUAUUUAAAUCACCUUAUUGACAUUAUGAGUUGAAUGAUCUUUUAUGCUGUUUUCCUUUAGUUUACGAGAAGACAAGAAUCUCAUUGAAAGGGAGUAUAAAAGAAUGCCAAAAGCUACUGUAAGUAAGAUGUUCAUGUUACCUGUGACGCCUAGUGUUGUGCCAUUUGGCUGGAUAAAAACAACAAAGCAUAAUGUGGCACCUUAAAGAUGACCACCAACAUUUGCUGUGUAAAUUAGGCUAUAUAUUGUUCAGUCCUUUUGGUUUGAGCCACCAUCUUGUGAGUAGUUAAGGGAGAAAAGUAUUUUAAGUUCAUACAUCAUGUAAAAUAUGGCACUUUAUCCUAUCUCCAUUUCCAUAUUUGUCUGGGAUAGUUUUGAUAGAUAUGCUUACCAAUUUCCUUGACAUUUCUUAUUGUUUCGAGAUGUAAAAUUCUGAACCAUGUAUAGCAUUAGAUGUGUACCAAGGUUAACCAGGGUUUGAAACCAGGGUGUACAGAUUUUCUUUGCACUUUGCAGAUUACAGGGAGUUGUAGGCAUCCUGAGCCAAACCACACAAGCUUGUUGGCUUCUGGAGAGGCGCUUAUACCACUUUGUGCAUCCCCUGGUCCUUUUUGCUGCCAUGCCACACUAAACUAAGCCAAAAUUUGGCUUAGUAUGUCAUUGUUGGGAAACAUAGAAAUGUGGAGCUGCCCUGUGGUAGCUUGCAUUGCUUCUAUUCAUUUGCAUUUGGCUUUUUCAGUGAGAGAACAAGGUACGGCAGGGCAAACAAUUUUGAAAGUGAAAGAAAACUACAAAGCUAAGCUUCAAGAAGAGCAAAAGCAUUUAUAUGAUCUUCCAAAUAAUCCAGCCAAAUACCACCAAAGUUAUAGUUUGUGACAAGUUUCAUUUCAAAUGUUUUGUCCCUUUCCCCAAAAAAACACGGUAGCACUUAACAGUAGCAGCAGUCACUGACUUCUUUGCUACUGCCUGUGCCUUAGCCUUCAGGAGACCUGCUCCAUAUGUCCCUAAUCUAAAAUAUAUCCCUAGAAACCCAGAGGUGGAGAUCUCCUAAUCCCAUCCAAUUUAAGGUGGUUGCUGAUGAACUGAAUGGGUUGGGUUACGACCGACAGGACGGAGGCAGGAGAGCAAAGAACUCUGGGAGGCAGGCGCAGUCCCCUCCCUUUUUAUUCCUGACCCUAAUGAGGGACUGCCACAAAACAAGUCUACAACACAACUGAGAGAUUUUGUAAUAGGGAAGCUAAAUGGGUAGUAAUAUUGCAGGUCAAAUAACAUGCAUGCCCCUAAAAUACUAUUUUAACAUGCAUUCUAGAAUAACCAUGUUUUAAUGUUUUCCUAAUUCGUGCAUUCCACUUUCCAAACAUGAAGUGACUAAUUUUCGCUUUUUAAAGGAUGCAGAUAAGAGGAUGAAGGCUCUGAGGGAAAGCUGUGAAGAACUUCGUAAAGAAACUACACACAGGCGGCAAGAAAUCAGAGCACUGAAAGAUGAUCUUUCUUUAAGACACAAGCGCCUUACUAAGGAUCAGAAAGAACUCGAGGAACUAUUUCGGAAGCAAGAAGAAAUAAAAGUAAUUCAAUAAUAUAUUCAUUAGUCUGUGUAGCUGUGCACCACUGUGUGCUCCCAAUUGAUACAACUUGAAUAUUAGUUCUGUAGCUUUCCAUAAAACCUCAGUCUGUGUAGACUAAUGUUUAUAUUUUUAUCACUAGGAUGACCUUGUCCGUCUUCAAGCCAUUCCUCUUCAGCUCGGAAAGGAUAUGGACAAAAUAAACCGCAGAAUGCAGUAUGGGUUUCUUCCUUAAUGUUUUUUGUUUGCCCAGUAUUAUGUAUAUUUAUUGACUUUCUACCCUUCCUCCCAAAGGAGCCCAUAUUGCUAGCAGCCCAGUGGACAGUCCUAAGCCCGCUGCUGUUUGCUUGAAUUUAAGUCACCUGGCACUUAAACGUUGAUCCUAAAUAUUUGUGUUGGUCUGUUUGCUGGUGUGACAAAUGCUGUGGUUACAUAGCGGUAGGUUCUUCCCAUCUUUCAGAUUGGUUUGUUGAACUGGGUCCUCUUCUUCUGGCUUCCACAACAUUCAUACAGUCAUACCUCGGGAUGAAUACGCUUUGGGUUAGGCAAAUUCGGGUUGUUACUUCCGGGUUUUGCCGCGCACGCAUGCGCAGACCGUCAAAAUGACGUCACACGCAUGCGCAGAAGCACCGAAAUGUGGCACGUGCAGACGCGUGGACACGGCUUGCGUUCACUUCAGGAUGCGAACGAGGCUCCGGAACGGAUCCCGUUCGCAUCCCGAGGUACCACUGUAAUCCAAUCCUGACAAAAUCAUAGGCAAUGGGGAACAUGUGAUCCUUCAGCUGUUGUUGGACCUUAACUCCCAUUAGUCCCUGCCAGCAUGGCCAGUGGUUUGGUAUGAUGGGUAUUAUAACCCAACAAUCUCUAGAUGGCCACGGGUUCCUCAUACCUGCCCUAGACUGAAGCUCUUGUUUUAGUGAUAGCAGAGAUAUUCAUCUCCAUCAAAUUGAUAAUGUAACAUAUUACAUGGGCGCUCACUGCAAGCACCUGUAUAGCGAUGCUGUGCUGCAUAGCAACCUCCUGCUGCUAUGGAAAAUGUUUCUUUCUUUUUUCUUUUUCUUUUUUUAUUUUUCUGAAGGCAUGGCUUGUUUUAUCUGGUGCUGUUAUUACGUUGUGACUCUACAGUUAGAUGGUGAACAGCUUUAAAUCAUACUUUUAAAAGCUACAGAAAUAACAUAGAAAUUCUGAUAUUUCUGAAACAUGGUUACCGUAUUUUUCGUCCCAUAGGGCGCACCGGCCCAUAGGACGCACCUAGUUUUUUGGGGGGGAAAUAAGGGGAAAAAAUAAUUUCCCCCCCAGGCACGGGGCUUCCCCCGACCCCAGCCCCCAGAACAGGCAGCUCUCCGCAAAGCGGUGGGAGAGCUGCGCGACUUUGCGCAGCUCUCCCAAUGCUUGCUGAGAGCUGCGCGAAGCCUGGGGGGAGCUGAGCUCAGCGCCCCCCAGGCUUCUAGGUCCAGGCAGCUCUCCGCAAGUGGUGGGAGAGCUGCGUGGCUUCGCACAGCUCUCCCACUGCUUGCGGAGAGCUUCCUGAAGCCUGGAGAGCGAGAGGGGUCGGUGCGCACCGACACCUCUCGCUUUCCAGGCUUCAGCGACAGCCUGCAUUCGCCCCAUAGGACGCACACACAUUUCCCCUUCAUUUUUGGAGGGGAAAAAGUGCGUCCUAUAGGGCGAAAAAUACGGUAUUUGAGAUUGCAUUUUAAUUUCCUGCUACUUUAUAGGUCUUUGGCCCUUGUUGCCAUUAGCUUUUCAAGCUUCAAAGCCCUUAGAGGCUAGUAUUCUGUGGAUCUCCUUCAGAGCUUUUGAGAUGGACAAAAGGUCUUCAGGAUCCUGUAAAACUAAACUGAUGCACAGCCAUCUAAACAUAUGCUGUCAACUACAACAUCAAAGGAAGAUGGAGCAAACUUGUUUUCUCCUGCUCUGGAGGGUAGGACUUGAACGCAUGGCUGCAAGUUUCAAGAAAGGAGAUUCCAACUAAACAUCAGGAAUAACUUUGUGGCAGUAAGAGCUGUUUGACAGUGCAGCAGUCUCCCUCGCGAGAUUGUGGACUCUCCUUCCUUGGAGAUUUUAAAGCAGAGGUUGGAUGUCCAUCUGUCAUGGAUGCUUUAGCUAAGAUUCUUACAUUGCAGGGAUUGGACUAAAUGACCCUUGGAAUGUAUAAUUUUUUUAAUCAGUUUCUAAAAGAGACGGAGCUGAGUUCUUAUUGAAAAGGGUUUUUUAUAAUAAUAAAAAAUCCUUUGCACCUGCCAUAUUAGGUACACCUUUUCAUAGUUAAAAAAGUAAUUGGAUUAAAAGUGUAAGUGUUUUAUCAACACCUGGGUAGAAAAUGUAAGGCCCUCAAGACUUUGCUCCUGAUUUUAUCAGAGCACAGAUGAGUAACAACAUGGAGCUGUUCAGACUUCCAAGGGACGCUUGUGAGGGGGACAUGAGCAUCUUUGGGGCAGGCACAAGGAGUGUGGUGGUUUGGCAUAAUCUGCGGGUUCCUAGUGUUUGUUUUUAAAAUAGUUACAUCUCUAGCCCUUGUGAAAACUAAUAUACGAUGUCAAAUGUGGAGGCACUAUUCUGUUAAUUUGUUUUGUAAGAAACUAGCCUGUGGGUUAAACCACAGCGUCUAGGGCUUGCCGAUCAGAAGGUCGGCAGUUCGAAUCCCCGUGAUGGGGUGAGCUCCCAUUGCUCGGUCCCUGCUCCUGCCAACCUAGCAGUUCGAAAGCACGUCAAAGGGCAAGUUGAUAAAUAGGUACCGCUCCGGCAGGAAGGUAAACGGCAUUUCCGUGUGCUGCUCUGGUUCACCAGAAGUGGCUUAGUCAUGCUGGCCACAUGACCCAGAAGCUGUACGCCGGCUCCCUUGGCCAAUAAAGCGAGAUGAGCGCCGCAGCCCCAGAGUUGGCCACGACUGGACCUAAUGGUCAGGGGUCCCUUUACCUAGCCUGCUCCCACCUUUCAGCGUUUUUAGCCAAUGAAUGAUAUCACAACAUUGAUUGACAUUUAUGAAAACAAAUCUAACCACUCAGAUAGUGAGAAGUCUAGAGUGACACACCCAUUUUCUACAGAUUGAACUAGGCUCAUUUUAAAGCUUUCCGUGGCAAAGUGCUCAUCGCCCCAUAGAAAACAAUUCAGGCAUCCGUGAUUUUAGUGUGGUUAUGAUUAGGCAAAAGUUACCCCCAAAAAACAAAAGGUUGCUGCAGAAGUGGGACUUUUUGGAUCUUUCUAACUCAGAUAUUAUUGCUUAGCCCCCAAAAUUAUAACGGAGCUUGUAAAAAUUAAAGAAGUUGCCCUGCCAAUGCAGUUAGAGCAUGGAUUAAAGGUAAAGGUACCCCUGCCCGUACGGGCCAGUCGUGUCCGACUCUAGGGUUAUGCGCCCAUCUCACUUAAGAGGCUGGGGGCCAGCGCUGUCCGGAGACACUUCCGGGUCACGUGGCCAGCGUGACUAAGCUGCUCUGGUGUACCAGCAACCAGAGCAGUACACGGAAACGCCGUUUACCUUCCCGCUAGAAAGCGGUACCUAUUUAUCUACUUGCACUUUGAUGUGCUUUCGAACUGCUAGGUGGGUAGGAGCUGGGACCGAAAGACGGGAGCUCACCCCACCGCGGGGAUUCGAACUGCCGACCAUGCGAUCGGCAAGCCCUAGGCGCUGAGGUUUUACCCACAGCGCCACCCGCGUCCCUUAGAGCAUGGAUUACACUGGCUCUAAACACAGGGUUAUUUCCAUUUUCAAGAGUGGGAGUUAAGAGUAAUGUAAUGCCAACCAUGCUCUGGUCCAUGGGGUCACGAAGAGUCGGACACGACUAAAUGACUAAACAACAGGAAUGCCAACCCUGAAAUGUACUCUAGUGUUUAUCCUGGAACCUCUUUUUUUUUUUUUUAGUGGAGGGGGAAGCUGUAAUAAUAAUAAUAAUAAUAAUAAUAAUAAUAAUAAUUUAUUACUUAUAACCUACCCAUCUGGCUGGGUUUCCCCAGCCACUCUGGGCGGCUUCCAACAGGAGAUUAAAAAUACCGGUACAUUAAAACAUCAGUCAUUAAAAAACUUCCCUAAACAGGGCUGUUAAGUUAAUUGUAGUAGCAGUGCAAUUAAUUAAAGGCUUAAGGGGUCCAGAAAAAACAUUGAAGGUUUCAGCUGAGGGUGGGAAGACACAAUAUGGAUGCUAGGUCUGUCUGUAGAUGAACACCAGAUCUGUCCAGUGAAAAACAGCACAAGGAUAUUCCUAGAACUAGAUUCUCAGACACAGGUCUACCCAAGUCUCAUUACUGUUCUGUCACUAGAUCUACUAGAAAUUUUAGACCAGUUUCCUGUUAGCUAUAUUUUUAUAAAUAUAUAUAUUUUAUAAAUAAAUAUGUUUAUUUAUUUGGAAUAUUUACUACUCCCUGCCCCCUGUCACAUGAAAGCAGGCAGUGCAUUAUGGACCUUUAAUUGCUUCAACAUGGUCUCAUGGUUUUGGAAUAGGAAUUUGGGUCUAAGUCUUACGUUAAUUUUUAUUGUGUUUUUACUGGAGUACAACAGGUAUAAUGACAGGAUGUGAGCAGAGACCUGUUUUGUUACUAAUAUAAACACCUGCAAUUGUCUACAGAGAAACGGAGAAAAAGAGAAAGGCAAUGCAGGAAGAAGCACGAGAGAUAUUUGAAUCCUUAAGAAAAAUAGAGGCUAAAAAUGACGAGGCGCUAGAAGAAAAGGAUGAUGUGUUGAAAGAGGUGGAUGGGAAAAAGGCUUUACUGGAAAGCAAGGAGCGAGAAUUUAUCUCUCUUACUAAAAUGCAUGAAAUGAACAAAGAGAAUGAAGGAAGUGCCAUAGCAGAAAGGUAGGUUUUGCAUUCACAGGAGGAAUUUGUCUUUCACCACCUGCUUUGCUAGCUAAAUUCCACUGGGUUGCUAGGUUGUGUUUCCAAGAUGCGUAUAUGGGAGAAGACUCCUGUUCAGAUAUUCCAGUACUAAACUGUACAUCGUUUUAAAUAUCUUAUUCCGCACCUUUGAAUUGGGCCUGGAAACAAAAAGGGAGCGAAUGCUGUUUUUCCAGCUUAUUGCUGUAACAAGCAGCUACAGGGAGCCCUGUGGAUCUUCAGAAACUUCUCAAUGACUCAUAAAUCAGCAGAUCAGCUUCUUUGUCAGUCGAUAAUAUGGUCAAGCAAACUGGUAGAUACGGUGAGAUGAGCCUACCAAUUUUCUAAAUUAUUUCAUGCAUCUGGUGAAGUGACCUCAAGCCCAGUGAUUUUCAAACUUACUACCUUCAGGAAACAGUUUCCCAUUGCAGAUCUGCUAUAGAAUCCCUCUGUUUUGCAGAGGAUCUCAAGACUGUUUCUAGCCCACAAGCUCUCAGUAAAUAUAGAGCAGUGACUAGGUCUGUGGGGGCUUAACUGACAUUCUUGGAAAACUGGUAAUAUGCUCUACAGUGCACCAUAUUGCAAAGAAAAAGUACAGUGGUGCCCUGCAAGACGAAUGCCUCGCAAGACGAAUGCCUCGCUAGACGAAAGGGUUUUGCGUUUUUUGAGUCGUUCCGCAAGACGAAUUUCCCUAUGGGCUUGCUUCGCAAGACGAAACAUCUUGCGAGUUCUUGCGAGUUUGUUUCCUUUUUCUUAAAGCCGCUAAGCCGUUAAUAGCCGCUAAGCCGCUAAGCCGUUAAUAGCCGCUAAGCUGCUAAUAGCCGUGCUUUGCAAGACGAAAAAACCGCAAGACGAAGAGACUCGCGGAUCGGAUUAAUUUCGUCUUGCGAGGCACCACUGUAGCAAUGAUGGGCAAGUUGCCUUUCAGGAUAUCCUGUCUGCCAUGGAUGAUCUUCUCAUUGAGAAACUCCUUAGGAAUCCCAAGGGAUCACGUGGCAUGGUUGGAAAACAUUAAUCUCCAUAAGGCUUUUGGUUUUGUUGCAACAGACUGACAUAGCUUCUUUUGUGGAACAAAAAGUGCUGGAAUGCUGGUAAAGUUGAAUCAGUGUCCUUGAAAGUGAUUGCUGGUUUCAUAUUUUGACUGCUGCUCAACAAUAGUUUUUACUCCCACUGUUCCUAACUGUUUUUUGUUUAUUCCUAUAAAUGUUACAUCAAGAUGCACUCAGGGCAGCUCACAAGAGUUUAAAAUACUUCGCAAAAAAAUAACAAAACAAAUCACAGCAUUAUAAAUAACAGGAAUUCAUUGAUUUUGUUUAUACCUAUUCCUUGCCCAGUUUUACUUUUCCUUUCUUUUGUACAUUUUGUUUCCUUUCUGUACACUUCUGUAGGGCUAUCUUAGAAAUGGGUUCUCGUAACUGUAUUGUGACAAAGCAAAAACUGCAAGACACUUUGAGUCGGAUGCAAAGAGAGAGAGAGAAAGAUUUCAGAAAUUUUAAAAAGAUGGAGAUGCAGUUGAAGAUAGCUCAGGAGGGCUUGGAGCAAAUCAGAUCCUAUCAUGAGAGAAUCCAAUUAGAGGUUUGUAUGAAUAAGUUUGAUUAGAGAUAUUUUUCCUGGUUAAAAUUAGCUUGAAAAUGUGUCCACAAUGCCGUUUUCUCUUUCAGACUGUGCCAGUAAUUAAUUCGGUUACCUGUUUUAAACAUUGGCAAAGAGACAUAACUAUAUUUAUUUGGCAGGGAAAGAGACCAAGAAUAAACUUUAAGAAUUUCACAGAUGCUAAAAAAAGAGGAGGUUUGGCCUUACCUAAUUUCAAACUGUAUCAUGAAGCAGCAUGUUUAACUUGCUUAAAAGAGUGGAUAACAUUAAGAAAUACUAGAUUAUUAGACUUGGAACAAUUUGACAGAAGAUAUGGAUGGCAUUCAUAUCUGUGGUAUGACAAAGUCAAUAAAAAUAAAGAUUUUCCUAACCAUUAUAUAAGUAGGGGUCUGAUGGAGGUGUGAAGGAGAACUAAAAGCCUUCUGGAACAUAAGACUCCUUUAUGGUUAUCACCAAUGGAGGCCUGUGCACAUAAAUCAACAAAUAUGCAACCCAAAUGGGCUUUAUAUAGAGAUUUAUUGAGCUUUCAGGAUAAUGAAUGUAAGCUUAAAAAAUUCAACAAAAUACAAAACUUAGUGGGUAACUGGUUCCAAUAUCAUCAAUUAAACAAAAUCUAUAAAAAAGGAUUUAAAUAAUGGAUUUGCUAAAGAUGUUGGACAUAAUAUAGAUAUGGCUGCCUGGGAAAAGCUUUGGAAAACAGGAAGGAAAUUUACAGCAUGUUAUGGCCUAAAAGAAAACUAUUACAAAAUGAUGUAAAGAUCUAAUCCCAAAGAAGCUAGCUCAAUUGUACAAAAAUGUAUUAAACAAAUGUUGGAAAUGUAAAGUUUGUUAGGGGUCAUUCUAUCAUACGUGGUGAACCUGCAGGAAGGUGAAAGGCCUUUUGGGACAUGAUAUAUAAUGAAAUUAAUAAAAGAUUUAAAGUGACUUUUCCCAAGAUACCACAGUCCUCCCUGCUGGGGAAACUAGACAGUGAAAUCCCAAAGAAAGCCUUAAUGGUAUUUGUACGUGACUACAGCUGCAAGCACUGAUAAAAGAUACAAAUUUAGAACCUUUUAAAGAGCUCUGGAAACCAUUUCUAGUCUAAAUAAAAAGUUAUUUCCCAUAUGUGAAGAUCCUAGCUGGGUUUGAAGUACAGUGGUGCCUCGCAAGACGAAAUUAAUCCGUUCCGCAAGUCUCUUCGUCUUGCGGUUUUUUCAUCUUGCGAAGCACGGCUAUUAGCGGCUUAGCGGCUAUUAGCGGCUUAGCGGCUAUUAACGGCUUAGCGGCUUAGCGGCUAUUAACGGCUUAGCGGCUUUAAGAAAAAGGAAACGAACUCGCAAGACGUUUCGUCUUGCGAAGCAAGUCCAUAGGGAAAUUCGUCUUGCGGAACGACUCAAAAAAUGGAAAACUCUUUCGUCUAGCGAGUUUUUCGUCUUGCGAGGCAUUCGUUUUGCGGGGCACCACUGUAUAAGAAAACAGCAAAAUAUCUUAAGAAUAUAUUAUAUAUAUUAAGAAACAUGUUGGGAUGAAAUCAGAUAAGACAGAACCUUAAAAUGCAGUUGUAUGUAACUUGAGUUAUAAACAUGGGUGAUGGGUGAGCAAAAAGUCACUAGUUUUGUUGAAUUGGAAUAUAAUUGUUGAAUCACAAAUGUAACUCUAUAUAUAGAAAAAAUAUAUAUUACAAAAAAGAGAAAAUGUUUCUACACACAGGAUUGUGUGUGCACAGUGUUGUGGCAGCGUUGGAAUACUACAAUCAUUAACACAUCCAGCUUUUGCCAGUUGACAUGGAAUUCCAGCACGAAGGCAGCCACAACAACCAAGGGCUUGCUAUUCUAAAGAAUAACAAACAGCAACAGGAGACCAAAAAAGCAAAAAUAUUUGUAUCAGCAAGCUAUGGCAGUAAAAAACUAAAACUCGGGUAACUGAGAAUCUGGCUAUGUUUGGCUUUGAAGGUUACUGAAUGCCGUAUUUAGAGGAAGGAUAUGUUCCUUUUCGAGAGAAAUAAAACAUCCCGUGAUAAAUCUGUAGAUUCUGCUUUUCACAGUUUCAGACUGUGGCACACACUCCACCCAGCCUAGAUUGUACUGUAGUUUGAUGCUAAAACCGUGCAAAUUCCUAAAGGCUGAUGCACACCAGACUGGAAGGAAGCAUGAGCCUCCCUUUAUACCCUGGGAGUCAACCCGACCCAUGAAGUCCUCAGUCAGGGGUCUGCCCCAGACCCCUCACAGAGGAGCCAGAAUACACAGAGGAGCCCCCCACCCCUGGCAAGUGGCCCAAGUGUGCUUUUGUGUGCCUGGCUGCAUAGAGAGAUGUUCUGUCCCACCCCACACUGCUUGCUACUUCAAAUUGUGACUUGCGUGUCGAGACUCCGUAGCCACCCCCUCGUUGGGAAAUAACUCACGCAAGGACACGGAUAUUAGGUUUAUGUUAUUGGGCAAAUUUGGCCAGAACUUUAUUGAAUUACAGAAUGUGAGUGGUAUUGGCUUAGGCAUUGAUUGGACCCGACUAUAUCUGACUCCUGCCCGCUGCGCAGGAAGUCCGGUAAGGGUAAACCACUGGUAGGGGGAACCCUGGACUUAAUGAAGCACAGUGGACCAACACCAGCUGAUGACAUGGCUCCCCAAAUCAACACAGACUGUGGAAACUUCACAUUGGACUUCACGCAUCUGGCAUUGUGUGCCUCCCCAUUCUUCCUCCAGACCCUGGGUCCUUGGUUUCCAAGUGAGAUGCAAAAGCUGCUCUCAUCAGAAAAGAGAUUUGGGGAGCCAUGUCAUCAGCUGGUGUUGGUCCACUGUGCUUCAUUAAGUCCAGGGUCAACGUAGCCGUCUACCAGGAGAUUUUGGAGCACUUCAUGCUUCCUUCCGCAGACGAGCUUUAUGGGGAUGCUGAUUUCAUUUUCCAGCAGGACUUUGUCACCCACCGACACUGCCAAAAGUACCAAAACCUGGUUCAAUGCCCAUGGGAUCACUGUGAUUGAUUGGCCAGCAAACUUGCCUGACCUGAACCCCUUAGAGAAUCUAUGGGGCAUUGCCAAGAGAAAGAUGAGAGAUAUGAGACCGAGCAAUGUAGAAGAGCUGAAGGCUGCUAUUGAAGCUUCCUGGUCUUCCAUAACACCUCAGCAGUGCCACAAGCUGAUCGCAUCCAUGCCAUGCCACAUUGAGGCAGUAAUUGAUGCAAAAGGGGCCCAAACCAAGUACUGAGUACAUGUGCAUGCUUCUACUUCUCAGAAGUCCAAUAUUGCUCUAUUUGCAGUCCUUGUUUUGCUGAUUUCAUUUAAUAUUCUAAUUUUCUGAGAUUGUUAAUUUGGGGUUUUCAUCAGCUGUACACCAUAAACAUCACAAUUAUAACAAAUAAAGGCUUGACAUAUCUCGCUUUGCAUGUCAUGAGUCUAUCUCAUAUAUUAGUUUCACCUUUUAAGUUGCAUUACUGAAAUAAAUGAACUUUUCCACAAUAUUCUAAUUUUCUGAGUUUCACCUGUAAAUGUUAAUCCAUAUGUUAGGCCUGGAAGAAUAGAGUUAUAAUAACUUUUUUAUGUAGUCUAACCAGAUAACUCGAGAUAUUUAUGGAGGCUCGGCAUAAGGUUGACCGAGAAGCCAAGAGGGCGGAAUGCAGAGGGGAACGAGCCAGGCCUUAUUGUGAGGGUAACAUAUAGGAAACUACACAAAACUGACGGCUUUGCUGAUUAAUUCUUACAGUAAUGUUACAACUGCGUCACCAGGUUAUUCUUUUUGAAAGGAACUCUAACAAAGCAUAUGAAAAUGCUUCGUCCCCCCCCCCCCCCAAAUCCCUUCGAUGCUAUGGCAGUGUUCUACCCAAUUGCAUAUAAUUUUGUGGGAAGUAUUGUAUGAAUAAGCAUUCACAGAAUCAGGAAACAGGUUGUGACAGAAGCACUUCCUACAAACCAGUUAUUUCACAAGAGCAUCACGCCAGAUUCCCUUGUGAAACUGCUUACUGUGCAGUUGUGCCUUUUCCCAGCCACGUGUCAAUCCAAGGCAGAGAGGGCAACAGGGGUAAAGUGUAUUGUGUGUGUCAGUAACAUUUUGGGCUAUAUGAUCUUGCUGCAGUUAAGCCAAAAGAACCAACCACAACAUUAUCAGUGGAAAUGGAAUAACGGAGGAGUGUUGAAAUAGUAGCUUUUACAAGACCUCCAUAUUUCUUCUAUCAUGCCUUCUACUCAGUUGUGUAAAGUAACCCAGGAGCUGCCAGGCAUUUUAAAUUUAUACUGGAAAGCAUUGCUUAACUGUCUAAUGGUCUGAAGUUGUUAGGAAAAUUGCCCUUCUGUAAAUAUUUCUGUGCACGCAAACUGAUGGGCAUUCACAGAUAGCAAGUUCCAAAAAAUCCGUAUUAGGGCAAUCAUAUUUUUAAAAGUGCCUUAAGUGAUGGGGUACAAUGAUGCUGUGAUGUUGCAAGUUGAUAAGUUGGCAUCACCAUCACAUGAGAAUGCUAGUCUGGCAGCAGCAUCCAAAACUGAUACACAAUACAGAAAUAGGCAGAGAAAGGGUGUGGCAUGUUUAGGACACCUAGAAGCCACGUCAAAAGGUAUUUCAGCCACCACAGUACAAAUUAUGCCAACACACAUCUGCAUGACUUAAGUUUGCUUACAAUAGCAGCUUAUCAUCAUUAUAUAUCAUAUGUCAGCACUGAGAUUAUUAUGGAUCAGGUGGUUAUUACGGAUCAGUUAGCGCUUGUCUUGUGUGUCUUGAUAUGGAAUCCCACUGAGCUUAACAUGUCUACAUGGUUCCAGGUUGCAGCUGUAGUACCUACAUCAACUGCUGUGAUGGUUGUUUUUCUAGCAUCCUUUAGCAAGCCAUUUAACAAACUUAAAAAAAAAACCAUGUUCUGCAGUUGGAAUGUGUGCCUACAUUCCUAAAUCUUAAUCUUUAAUUCAGUUAAUGUUUAAGGAAGAUGCUAAGUACUGUCCAUGUUAAAAUACCACUGUUUCCUUCUUUUGCAUAUGUUAACUGUGCCAGGUUUCCCUUUCUUAGCUAGAUGCUGUUCCAAAAGAUGAUGGGACACUACUAGAAAGACGAAGGGAGCUCCAGAGGGAAGUAGAAAUGAUUAAGAGAAAUCUGGCCCAGGAGGUAUGUUAUUACCAUGACCCAUAUUUUAUGUUUUUCUAGUUCUUUUCCAUUCUACAAUAUUUAAGAUACAAGUCUUGCAAAACUCUGUGUCCGUUUAAAACAAGGGUUGUCAACCUGGUCCCUACAGCCCACUAGUGGGUGUUUCAGGAUUCUAGGUGGGCGGUAGGGGGUUCUACGGCACAAGCUGAAUCCUCCUCCUAUUGAGCACUGGUGGGCGGUAAGGAAAUUUUACCAUCAAGAAAGAUGCAUUAGUGGGCGGUAGGUUGACUACCCCUGGUUUAAAAGCUCUAAUACUGUCAUAAAUCGCCAUGAAAUGGGUAAAAAUGUUUUAGUACACAGAUUGCUGAGGUCACAUUGCACCAAAUGUGUGAUCAUCAAAAGAAUGUUGUACUGUAUGUGUAGUCAUUGUGUGUGCCAUGCCGUUACAAACAGUUGUAGUUCAGGCAUUGUAUCAGACUCCUUUUCUUCUUUCAGCUGUAUGAAAGCAUCCAGUGAUCGCUUUUUGGCAUCUUUGUGAUAAACAAGAUAUGAUAGAGGAAAACUAUUGAAAUGAAGUGGGGGGGACCCUUUUAUUCAGUUAAAUCUUCAUACAUGCAUAAGGAAUCUAGUCAAGCAACCUUCAACAAUUCUACAGUUUUAGCCAUUCACCCACUCUGCUUCCAGCCUGUGGAGUGUUGUGGGUACAGAAGUUUAAAUUUGUGUAUUCCCGAGUUUGGAUGAGUUUUUAUCCAGUUCAUUUUACCUUCAAGUGCACAAUGCUUUACAAUGCAAUGCUGUAGGGGGGGACUUAUAAAAAUGAAAUAUAGAGUAACAGGAGCAUUGCACCAUUAAUAAACAUGGAGUUUGUAAAGUUUAUGCUUAUGUAAUAUCCAAACAUCUCCUCACUGAGCUGGUGGAAUAGUGGCAGCUUUCUCCAUUGACAUCUAUGACCGGUGCAAUUUCUUUACCCUCUCUAAGGAGAUUUGAAGAGAACACAGACUGCCAGGGUUUCCUUAACACCCUUUAGAGGAGGAUGCUAGCCAGAGUGGGUAUAGGAGUAAAAUGAAGUUUAUCAGAACUGGCAGGAUUGCUGUUUAGGAGUACAAGGGGGCAGCUUACAAUUGGCAUAGCUGCUUACAAUAGCAAAUAGGGCAGAUGUAGUUGUUGCUUUUUGGUGUUGAGUCCUAGAUUUGAAAACCUCUCUCCGUGUGUCAUUUCUUUGUAAAAAAGUUUGUUUACUGGUUAUUAGGUUAAAUGUUGUACUAGUUGCAAAGGUAAGAUUCAGUGUGGUGUACAGUCAUACCUCAGGUUACAGACGCUUCAGGUUGAGUUUUUUCAGGUUGCGGACCGCCGAAACCCAGAAGUACCGGAACAGGUUACUUCCGGGUUUUGGUGGUUGUGCAUGCACAGAAGCACUAAAUCAUGCUUUGCGCAUGUGCAGAAGUGCCAAAUCGCAACCGCCCAUGCGCAGAAACACUGCUGCAGUUUGCGAAUGCUGUGGGUUACAAACGUGCAUCCCACACGGAUCACAUUUGCAACCUGAGCAUCCACUGUAUUGGAUAGAAUUUCAGAUCAGGGAGGCUCAUUUACGGAGUCUGAUCCUUCCAAUAUUAAUUGCUCAAGUGGUGCCAACUGUCUAGAUAGAUACCUGUUUUACUGUUUUCCAGUUUGUGAUGAAAGCAUGCAUUGGACUUCAAAGGUGCCUCCUCUCAGCGCCCGUCAGCUGCACCAGCUGUCGGAACUGGCUGGACACUGAGGACUUGUGGCUGGAUCCUGAGGCAUGGGCACUAGGAGAAGGGGUAGGGUUGGAGGCGGACUUGUAAUAAGGGAUCAGUGUAGGAGGAGUGAGAGAGAGGUCAGGCUGGUCGAGGCUUGCCUUUUCCUAACCUGUAAGUGUCCUUUUGACAAUAAAGACUCAAUUCCUCACUCUGGCCAUUCCUUGCCUGACAGCGCCAUGGCACUAGCUCAGCCAAUUUUAUCCAAGUGCUUACCUGCCCCCAGGGGGGCCAACUUGAAUAAAAUAUUGGGGGGCCCAAAUAAGCGCCGUCCCACAUAAUUGAUCACAAAACAGCACAUGCACACCACUUCAAUGGGAAUACCCAUCAACUUGGGGGGGGCAGCCCCCUCAAAUAUUUUAUUUGGGGGGCCAAAAGGACCCUGGCCCCUAGGAGUUGGCUCCUAGACCUGCCCCACACCUGAUGUCCCCAUCCCCCAUAACAUUAAAAUGGCCUUUGGUGUUUUCAAUCUAGAAAACAUCAACAGAUGCUGAACUACGAAUGCUUGAGCAGUGUAUUGCUGAAGAAGACCAACUAUUUAAGGCCCAGGAACACUACAGAGAGGAAGUAGACAACUUGAUACGUUUGACUCAGAUCAAAGCUGAUGAGAGGGAGCAAAAAUCAAAGGAUUUUUUAAAAUCCCAGGUAAGAGGAAUCCAACAGAUGACUAGUUUGAUACAUCCAAUAUUUGUACUUGCCUGGAAUUAGUAGGGGCCUGUGGUCGUCAGCUUUUAUUUGCCGCUUCUAGCGUCAAUACUUUAAGAAUUAGAAAAUGGCACAAAACACACUUUCGAAUCCAAACCACUGGCAAGGCUAUAUUUACCUGUGAUACAAUUAUUCUUCUUCCCCUUCUGCACCCACAUCCCAUGGGAAGUCACAAGAAUUAGGACUGCGUUGUGAAGCUGGGUAAGUUGAUUUUUCUUCUGAUGCCUGCUCCUGCUGAGAUGUUGCUGGUUUGAAUGGGUGUUAUUUAUUAGUGGGGUUUACACUUUGUGGGUGGGAAAUACCUUUUUGAAGAAAUGGCAUGCUUAUGAGUAGUCUUUGUCUAAGUGUUUUUUUCAGAAAUGCCUUUGCAACGCUUCCAAUUACCAGUCUGUUCACUACUAUUUCUGUUGCAGGUACGGCUGCAUAAUGUUAAAGCAGAUAUAAAAACAAAAGACUUUGAAGUAAGGGAACAUAUGAAAAAGCAAAAAGCAAUUCAGAGACAGUAAGGAAAUUUUGGCAAAGGAUUUGAUGAAGCGCCUUCUAUAGCAGGAGAUAGUUAAUGCAUUAAAACAAGUAACAUCUUUCCCUGUAAUAUUUUUGGUUUGUAGAAUGAAAGAAUUUGCUAAAAUGUAUGACAUUGUGCGACAUGAGAGAAACAAACUGGUCAACCUUUUGCAUUGUGCUCGCCAAAAAACAAAUGAAAUUAAAGAGAGAGUCAAAAUGCUAGAUAAUGAAAAGGAAAUUUUAAGGACCAAUGCUGUGAUUAAAGAGAGGUGAGCACCCACUUAAUAAUUUAUUUGAAGGACAAUCAUCCUUGUUGUGCUCUAGAACUGGCUUUUAUUUCUCACUAUGUGGCAAAUUAUCAUUUCUAUUUUUAUAUUUGUUACCUUAUUUCAUUCUUGAUGUCAUACAGAAACAAACUUAUGUGCAUGUGUCAUUUCUGGAUUAAGUGCUGCAGGCACAAAUUAUACACAUUUAAAUAGCAAGCGGUGAAUUUUUUCAUAGGAAACAAUUAGGGCCAGAGGCGCCAGCUUGCGAAGGUCAUUGGGGGUGGCAAUGUCGUGAUGCCCUGGCAUUGCGUAUGUGAGCUUUGUGCCUUCCUGCCUAAGCCAGUCUGGAUUCAACCUCAUGUUUUUAUGCUGCAUGUAGGCCUCUGAUGUAAAAUCCAUAAAUAAACAUAAUAAAUACAAUUCAUCUUCUCUCAGAAGAUUAGCUGACUAUUAUUCAUUAUACAUAUUUAUUUUAUUUCUACAUAUUUCAUUUCAUUUUCCAAUCUUCUAUUGAUAGGGAAGAUGAAUUUGUAGAAAUUUCAGAGAAAUACUACUAAAAAUAAUAAUAAUGCUUAAUAUUAAUGUUCUUUAGUCUUUCACAUAUGCUACAUAACUAAUCCUCAAGAAAUCAGGACUGAUUGUGCAGUCUAAGGUCAUCUAAAAAUGUAACUCUGUUUCAUUCUCCAUUUUAUCUUCAUUUAUUUCCCUUCCAUUCAGAAAAUUGCAAAAAUACCAAAUGAAACAUGCAAGUAACAUUUCGGUCAAAGACAGCAUCCAGUGUGAUGUUUGCAAAGUUCAUCAAACACUCGUGGAGAUGAAAGAAAAACGAGAGCAGCAGCUGAUGGACGUUGAAAGACUCACCAACUUGCUGACUCGUAUCGAGGAUGAAAUGGUUCAGUUGCGAAAGAAAUAUGAAAAGGCCGUCCAGCUUCGAAAUGAGAGGUAGGGAGCACAGCAAACUUCAAACACUUUGUAGAUUUGCUAGUAUUUCAUUGGAAUGAUAACUUCUUUUGUGGUCAUUAAUAUUGUGGAUAUGGAAGCAAACAGAUAAUUAGAAACUGACUCUUGAAAUAAAAAUUGUCCACUCCAAAAAUAUGGUUCAAAAGCUUUACUAACAGAACUUAUUCUAAAACAAAUACUCAAAACAAUUAUACUGCAUCCAAAUUGUUGCAUGAUAUCAUGGAAUUGUCCAAGCACAGGGUACAGCAUCUUAGAAAUAUAUAACUACACUAAAUUAGAGCUGAAAGCAGCUCUGUCUCUCCCACAGCCUGCAUUCCAGCCCGAGGCUAUAUUAUCUUAGAAAGAGAAUAAUUAGCACACGUCCUUCUUUCUUUCAACAAAAUAGAGAUUUGCAACUGAAUACCUUUCUCAUGUGAUCUAAGUUAAAAACAUGACAGAGCUGCAGAGAUACCUCAACAGCUAAUAAUUAACUUGUUAGGCACUCAGAGAGCUUACUUGGCUUCAGUGGAAUUUUCCAAUGUUAAACCUUGAGCAAUACACAUACGGGGUUAUUUUUUAUUUCAAUGUACAAUUAAACAAUUAUACUUAACAUCUUGCAGGUUGCUGGAAGUGUAAUUUGUUCAUUUCUCAGUCCUCUGUUCCUAAUUAGUUUGCCUUAUUAUUUUGCUUGUAAGACUAAAAUUUUGAAUUGUCCUUUGACUAUAUUGCUAAAACCACUGAGGCAGUCAUUAUGGAGCUCCAAACCAAGACAGAUACUCAAAAAUAAUAAGCUGAAAUUAGUAUCCUCCUUCCUCUUCCUUCUUAUCACUAACCUAGUUUAGGCCUCAGUCCUUUUCUCUCUCCCAUCUUCUUCCCAGCACACCUUGCUCAAUACACUUUUUUCCUGUCACCUCUCACCCAGUUACCCUGGCAGCCUUCUGUCUGCCCAGGCCCAAGAUUCCUCUUAGAUGGGCCAUCAACCCCUUUUGUCAUGUUAAUGCCUCUAUCCCAGGCUUGGAAAGGAAGCUUAGCCUGUAUUUCCCCCCGGCCUGCAGUCUUCUCUUCAAUACUCCAAAUAAUCAAAAUCCUACCAUUUAUUAACUUCUAGGGUUUAGGGGUCCCCCCUAAUCUGUAACAAGCACCAUGCUUCCUGGAUGGACGAGGUGAAUAAAUUAUGUUCUUUACAACCUGCCUAUUAAGUCUUCACUUUGGGUUCCUUGUAGUGGAGUUCUGCUCAUAGAGCGUGAAGAAGAAGUGUGCAUUUUUUACGAAAAAAUAAAUAUUCAGGAAAUGAUGAGUCGAAAUGGUGAUACUGAGAUUAAUGUGAUGGAUGAAAAGAUCCGCUUUCUAAAGCUGAAGCUCACGGAGAAAAAGAGGCAGAUUGAGUUGUCCCUGAAAACAUUGCCUCUGAAAAGAGGUCUGGAUGCAGAUCUGGUCGUCCUGCAGAUUCAGGUAGGUGCGACAGGAAAUAUUACCUUUCCAUAACUGGAUUUCUUAUUUUAAGGAGAGAGGAAAGAAAGCCAGGACUAUGGAGAUGUGAAGUCACUGCAGGCACCUGUAGUUGGCCUGUAGUGGAGAACUUUCCAUUUUACAAUACUCCUAAAUUGCAUUAGACCUGAUGCAGGAGGCUCCUGGGCCUACAAAAUAAGGUCUUAGGAUGCUCAAGCUGGUAAGCUGGGAGACAGGACUAGGCAGCUGGCAAUACAAUUUUGCACACCUGGAAGUGAUGGUGCAUGAUGACAGCUAUGUCAGUGUGUAGAAUGGGGUUAUCUAGCAAUGGACCACCUGCUGCACUGCUGGCCUGCUGCUGUUAUACAAAUUAAAGCCCCAAGUCUGCUACGGGGAAAAGAUGUUCCAUGAUGAUGUGUGGCUGCUUCCAUUUAUUCCGGGGGAUAAAAUGGCUACCCCUAUGGACUCUUAUUUGGACAUUUUAACUUUUGACAUGUGGCUGCUAUUAUGUUCACAGUAGAAUAACACUGAGUUACAGCUCUGGGCUCCACUCAUUUUGAGAAAUUAGUUUCUCCACAUCCCCCGAGGAAUGCAUAAACAAUUUGGACAGCCAGAAAAAUGACUGAAAAAAUUAGGCUGGUUGGAGGGGGAAGAAUUGCACUCAACAAUUUGGAUACCCAGAUGAACAGAUUUGCAUGAGCUAGGUGGGGUAAAUGGCAGGAUAGUUGCUCUGUUGGGGACGUUCAUUCCUGUCAUGGAAUCAAGGCAGCUUCUGCGAGGGCACCAGAACUACAGGAUCAGGACCAGCUGCAUAUUUCAGGAAGCGCUGGGAGGCAGGUGGCUCAAGGACCACAUUUGUCUUAUUUUGCUCGUCCAUUGUUUGCAUUGUUUCUUUUAGGAGAAAAGGUGGGCUAGAAAUUUGAUAAGCAAAUCAGCAGGACAGCUGAGAAGGCAGGGUAGACUGGAGACAAAUAUCUCACAUGCCUCAGGGUCAGGAGAGGCUGUGUUGUUGGCAAGAGGGGUGAAUGGCUGAAAUUCAUAUGUUGAUGCAAAAGCUAAGUAUUUGGAUGCAGUUUCUAGCUACAUUUGUAAGUAUGGUUACAGAGCAAGGCCAUAACUUUAAACACAACUUAGGUCAGUCUCACUGAACACAGUGAGACUUCCUGCUGAAAGAUACACAGUAUGUGUUUACAAAGUCAGUACAACAAUAUGGUCGCUACGGAUAGUGAAAAACAUCUUCAGGGUUAGAUGGCAUUUUGAUAAAGCCUUUGCACAAUGCAUUGUGGUUUUCCUGUACUGUGCUAUAACUUGUUGUGGAUCUGGUGAGUUUCCGCUCUCAUCAACCACAGUAGGGAGGAGUCUUUUUGUGUCCUUAGUGUAAAGAUGAUUGCUUCAUAUACAGCACCACAACCAAGCCCAGCCUUGCGACUAGCAUUUAAUAAUAGCCAAAGUGACAAAACAAGCAACUAGCACAUUUCAUGCUACUUCUCUGGACAUUUAAGAGAGUAAACAAGUGACCAACAUACAGUGGUGCCUCGCAAGACGAAAUUAAUUCGUUCCGCGAGUUUUUUCGUCUUGCGUUUUUUUUCGUCUUGCGAAGCACGGUGUCGGAAAAGUUUUGGAAAAGCUUCAAAAAUCACCAAAGUCUUUAAAAACCUCGAAAAAGGCUACCACACCGCGUGCUAUGAGUUGCUCCUCGAAGUCAAGUCGCAACUGUAUUAACGGUUUUAAGAAAAAGGAAACAAACUUGCAAGACGCUUCCGUCUUGCGAAGCAAGCCCAUAGGGAAAAUCGUCUUGUGAAGCAACUCAAAAAACCAAAAAUCCUUUCGUUUUGCGAGUUUUCCGUCUUGCGAGGCAUUCGUCUUGCGAGGUACCACUGUAAAUCUGUUAUGUACUGAGUUGAAUAGGAUCCAAACUGCAGCAGUCUGAUUGGUCCUAGAACAAUAGGAUCCAAAUUGCAGCAGUCUGAUUGGUCCUAGAACAAUAGGAUUCAGAAUGCAGCAGUCUGAUUGGUCCUAGAACAAUGCAGCAGUAUGAUUGGUUGGCAGGAACCACCCAAUCAUGCUCCAGAUAUAAGUGAAUCCACAACCUGAUUGGCUUACAGUAGAAUUCCAGAAUUAGCCAAUCAUGUGCAGCCCAUUGUGUAAAUAAUGUAUAUAAAGCAGAUACUUUGAGGGGACUUUCAUUCAUUCCUCCUCACCACUGUGAGCUGAAUAAAAGAGCAUGAAAUCACUUUGCGACUCUGAGUAUAUUUCAAAAUCAUUCGGAGAAGACUUGCUGAAGACUAUCAUGGAAAGCUCUCCCAUUACAAAAUGGCAGGAGGCCUGUAUAAGUGUCGUGCCAAAGGGUCUUGUGGGCUCUGCAGAGUCCUGCCCUACAUCCUCAGAGUGGUGCUGUCAUGAAUAUACACUCAGUAGCUUGUCCACACAUAGACCAAGGCUAGUGUAAAAUUAGCCAGCACUGCAGCAAGGAACCACCAGAAGGGGGAGCAUUUUGCUGCUGCUGCUGACUUACGAUUAGGGCGAGUAUCUCUAUGGCUGGUGUCUUCCAUUCAUUUUAAUGGCACUACAUAGGAGGAUGGGAGAAAUUCAAUUGAGUUCACAUUUAAAGGCAAACGUACCUAAAUUCACACUUUGCAAAAUAAUACGCAAACCAAAUCACAGCCAUCAUUUGAAAUUCACAUUUCUCUGAAUUUUGCAAUGCAAAGUAAUGGUGCAUAAAACGCUAUACAGUAGUGAAAGUAACCUACAAAAAUGCAUUAUAUCAGGGGAAAUUGCUUUGCAAAAAUGUGCCUUUUAAGAUAAAUUUGCAUUAAAAUGCUGGGCUUUAAAAAAAUAAAUUGCUAACUGAUGUGGGAAUGUGGAGAACUGAAUUUAAGAGUGGAAAAACUAGAAACCGAGAGAAACCAAAAUGGUGGGGUUUGUCCAUCCCUCAUCCCUACUUGUACAGCAAUGGCUCAUGGUAGAUCGUAUAAAGAAAGGGGUACAUUUUGUAUAGUGCUGAGCUGCCUACAUGACUGCUCAAGCGAACACUCCCCGCAUCCUGUUAUUUAUGAGGUACGGUGGUGGUUUUGUGUUUUUUUAAAAAAAAUCAUUUCAGAGCACACACUCUGAUAUUCUGAUGUUGAUUAACAAGCAUUUCUCAGUUUCCAGACAUUUCACAAUAUAACCCAAGUUUUAAUGUGUUGGAGAAUGUGUAACUGGGUGGGGCAGUUUUACCUUGUUUUUGUGCAUCAAAGCGCCCCCACCCCUUUUAAAAGUUCUUUUAGUGCAUUAAAGAAACCAAAACCUUCCUUUUUCCUGUGAUGCAACCUGACUUCUGAGAACAGGAAGGACUGGAUGGUUCAGCUUUGUAAGAGGGGAAAAAAAGAACUCCACAGAGUGAAUCACCUGCUGAUUGUCCAUUUCAGAUCAGCAGAUGUUUCUAUUCCACAGAAUAGGGGCUUUUGUGUGUGUGUGUGGAAAUGGAAGUGUAACAGUGCUGAGUUUGGUUUCCCUGGAAUAGAGAUAGAUAGAUAGAUAGAUAGAUAGAUAGAUAGAUAGAUAGAUAGAUAACAAUUAUGGGAGAGUUACCAAACCUAUUUGUCACUCUUCUCUCUUUCUCUCUCAGUUUUCACAAUGCAAGGACAAGAUUAAAAGCCUGGAAAAACUGUUUAUAGACCCCAGUGGACAAAACAGAGCAAGAGCACUACCAGGGAAGGACCUCACUCUAGAAGAGUUGUACCAAAAAAUAGAUGAGGUAAUCACAUCAUUUGUAUGUCCACAAGACUAUUGCGGACAAGUGACUACGUUUCACUGUUAACUUGAAGUUGAUUGAGAAGGGACAUCUUUGAGCAGAACCAGACAAUGUGAAAAACAGGUUUCUACUAAAAACAGCAUCCUAAUGUUGCCAACUCCCCAGUGCGCUCUAUGUAAAAACACUUUAUUCUAUGUCCUGAAAUUGUCACAAGUCCUUUACCCCACCCUACCACCCAGUGAUGUUGAACACCAAUGGAGAAAUGUUCAGCAUCACUUAUGCCAAGUGACAUGGAAUACUACAUAUUGUGGAGGGUAGAGGCAAGAACUUGCUCGAGGAUGUUGUUUCAAUGUGUUGGCCUUCACAAUAACUGGUUAUUGUUUGAUUAAUUUUAUUAAAUUUAUAUACCACCCUUCAUCCAAGUAUCGCAGGGAGUUUACAGUCAGAAGAGCAAAUUUAAUUUUUAAUUCAGGUAAUUGAAACCCAUGAAAUUCUCCUGAACCACUGCCAACCAACCCUGAAACACUCUUUUACUUUAGAAUAUAUAAUGCAUAAUCAACUUUAUAAAAUGGAUUUUUGUAGACUUCGUCCCUGAUGAUUAAUUAUAUACAUUAAUGAAUCUGUUUGCACUAUAGUUAGAAAUAAAGUUGACACAAAAAGAAGAGAAAUUGCUUGAGAAGGACUUUAUCUUUGAGCAAGUUGCCCGGCUGACGGACAAAAUACAUGCCAAGGCUGAAAAUGGCAAGGAGGACACAUUAAUAUUGGCAAAAAAGGUAAAGUCAUCCACUAUCCAGUUCAGAUACAGAUAUCCACACAUUUCAACAGCCUUCAACGUGUCUGUUGGCUGCUUAAAUGGGAGUGGUGGUUACAUUUUCUUAUUCCAAAAUCCAGGUGAUUUAACCUCCAAUGACUUCUAUCUUAUUCCUAAGAAAUUCUAUGAACACAGAAUUGUGAGCUGCAUAUAUUGAUUUCAAUAGAUUGAGAUUGAAAUUGCAACAUUAAUUCACAUCCAGUUGUAAUACGAACAGAAUUCAAAUCCACAUCCUUGUCCACAUUCUGAUGCAGCUAGAUUUGCGUAAAUACCUUGAGUUGUAAAGGAGUCCUAGUAUAAAAUUAUUUCUCUAGAGAAAAGUGUGGCCCCAUAUUAUUUUUUGCCAAAUUGUGCCUAAGCACACAGAAGGGUUAACAAAGCAAUCUUAUGUACACAGAAGGGGAAAACAUGGGGUGGCUUUUAUUUUUGCCAGGGCAGAAAGUUGGAGUGACAGACUUUCCGGGCCCCUCCCCAGGUCAGCCAUUGUUAUUUUUAAUGUUUUUAUAGGAGGGGAAAUAAGUAUGCGACUCGAGGGCUGACACAGCUUGUUGGCCUUCCUGGGGACAUGUUAGAGUAGCUGGGGACCUUUGGAUCCUGCAGCUGUCUGACAUGCUCUCAAGAUGGAUCAUUUUCAGUUGCUUCAGAUGAGGCAGCAGCAGAGCUUCCUGGCUGCUUUGGGGAACUGGGUAUAUCAUUGUGCUUUUGCUGCUCAUUUCAGAUGAAUGGACUACAAGAGAAAAUAAAAAGUACAACCCAAAAAAUGAUGGCUCUUAUUGCAGAGCUGUCUAUGAAACAAGCACACGCCAUUAAGCUGCAGCAAGAAAUGAGAGACAAAGAACAGUUUUUAAUGACCAUCACCUCCAGGUUGGAAAAAGGUCUCCCACUUCCUAAGGAUGUAGAGACUGAGUGGUUAAAGGUGUUGCGUGAUGAAGAAGUCUAUAAAGCAGCAAUGGAAGCCAAAGCAAAAGUGAGUUUCUGCCGGGAUACUGCUCUUUGCAAGCUCAUUUUGCGUUUUCUCCAAUGUGGAUUUAAGAAGAGGUUUCGGUAACUUUUUGACAUGGACUUCUAGGUGGUAGUCAAAGGCCUACGUUGCAUUGGUAGCACCAUUCUGACAGAAUCUCUACUUGGCUGCAUCUUGUAGCCCUUCAGAUCCUUAAGCAGCUCUUCAGAGCGGGUCUGCCCAAGGGUUUCCCACUUUAGGCAAGGUACCUAAGAGAUCGUUUGAGGUUGCUGCAGCUCACGUUUAUCAUUUAAAGUAAUUGUUAUAGACAGUGCAGGAGGUGCAGGAACUCCCAACUUUUUUUGACUGACAAGCUUAAGUUGUUGAGCUUCUUUCAGGAGGACACAAAAGUUGUUGAACUUUUUCUAGGGAGCUUCCAAAAACACAUGGCACGUUGCCUCCCUUAACGAGCUUCUUUCGGAAGAGAAGCAAAGCGCCGAAAACGCGCAACACGCCAACUCCCAAUCCAUCCCAGUUCCUCCACCCAGAAAAUGUGCUUUCUGCCCGCAACACCAGGACGAUGAUGGACACAGAUAGGGUCUGCCAGAACGCUCUGGAGAGAUGCCAGAACUAAGUUCAGGCUGAAAAAAUGCUCCGGUUAUAGCAUCUCAGUAAUAAGAGAACAGCGAGGAGAGAGCCCAAGUUCUGUUGAAGCUGGCAACUCAAAGUAUAAGCUGUGGAGUGAGACUACAGCCAGAUAUAUUGUCUCGGAAGAACAGGCUCUUGCAAUCUGGUGGCGUCUAGAUUUUAGAAUUUCUACUCCCAUCAGUCGCUGCUAGGUCAGCCAUGGAAGGCAACUGUAGAACUUAACUUAUCAGCCUUGAUAUUCAUAUUAUUAUCAUUGCUGAACCCAGAUAUCAGAGCCGUAGCACUAGAAAGGCUCCUUUACUGAAGCUUGGGGCCAAGCUAGACAUAAUGUAGAUGAUUUGUGAUAAGGACAGGUACUGUAUUGACAAUCUUUUUCAACAGUACUAACCGUAGCUUAGAGGAAGGUGACAAAUUAGGUUGGAGAAAACAAUGCAGUGGAAAAGGGCUAAGUUUUCCCCUCCCCAUUCAAUUCAGCAGCCAAAACAAUGAAAAAAUGCACAAUAGUACAACUUGCUUGAUAUCCUUGAUAUCUUACCUAUCUGUGCUCUUGUGUACAAUAAUUCUACUAUUGAAGCACACUAAAGUGCAAAAUUUUAUUCCGUGUGAACCGAAACACAGAAAUCCUCCCGAAAUUAACACUUCUCCAAAUUUUGCAAUUCAGCCAAGUAAUGUGUAUGAAAAUACAUUAGGGAAAAUAGCUUGGUAAAAUGUGUAUGUUGGGGGGGAUUUGCACUUAAAUGCUGAUUAAUUUUCAUAAGGACCUUGAUUAAGAAACAACAAAAAAAGAUGUGGAAUUGUGAAGAACUGAACUUCAGAUGGGAAAAAUGAGAAACCAAAAAAUGACAGGUUUGCUUAUCCCUGGUGCACACCAAUGUCCUGGUUCUUUUGAAACAUAUAGCACUCAUAACAGCUGUUUUAAUUAAUAGCCCGCAUUUAACCAGUUAAAAAUUCUGUUUUUACAGCGUGCUACAGAAGAGGAACAAUAUUCCUUACCAACUUCUGUAUUCACCACAGCCGAGCAACGUCCCAAUGCCUACAUCCCAGAUGAUGAAAAUGUUCUCCCUCUGCCACGGCCCUAUGGCGCACUGGCUCCUUUCAAACCAGGCGAGCCUAGUGCAAAUAUGAGGCAUAUAAGGAAGCCAGUUGUGAAGCCAAUUGAAGUCUAAAGAGACAGAACCUUGCAGAAGUUAUAAUUCAGGGCCUACUCUUAAGUUCAGAGUCAGAACUCCCCACAAUGCCAUUACUAGGGCAUAACAGACCACACAGUGUUGUUGACAAACAUUCCCUAGUGUCACACAACACUUAAUGAAAUGAAUGGUGUUGUACAGUAAGGGAUGGCAAAUUGUAGCCCCUUAAGUAUUUUUUAUUUAAAAACUAUAAAGCAGAUUUCCCCAUAUAUUUGUGUUGCAAAAAAAAUAUAUAUUUUAAAUAAUCACAAGUAGUAAAUUAGACAUAGAUCAUCAUCAGUACAAUCCUAUUACCUUUAUGCAGUUAGUUUCCAAACAUUUAAGGCAGUAUUUUGAAAUGUUUGGAGGCUGCCAAGUAGUUUGUAUAAAGUAUGGGAGAUAAAGCUACCAAUCAGUUAUUAACAUUUACUAUCUGUGCCUUCUUGUUUUCUGCAGAUGUAUGAAGUACUCUUUCUAUGCUCAAAUAAAGUAACUGAAAUAAAAUGAGGUGGUUGUGCUUAUUUAAAUUUGUGAUUACAUUCCAUCCUCUUAAAAGGCAAAGAAGAUGGUUUGGUAACUUUAGAUAUCUGCAUUACAGUAGCAAGGAAGCAUUACCACAAAAAUAGGAAAGGAGUAAAUUCUUGCACUUAGAUAAACAAAAAAACGGUAUGUUUUCUAGUGAGGGUGUGCACCAAUAGUCAGUUUGGCACUUUGUAAAGCAAACUACCUUAGUUGGAGGCAAUUUAUUGGUUGCCUGAUAUAAUUGGUCCACCCAAGUCUAUUUCAUUUACCUUCCCCCAUUCACUAUUUUGGGGGUGGUUUUAAAAAGAUUUUACUGAAUCCCUACCCCCAAAUGUUUUGCCAGCAGACAUGUUUUGAACACUGCAGACAUGACAGAGGUGUCCCUGCCUGAGUAACAAAGCUGCUGAUUUGUGUAGACAAGUAAGGUCAGACACUCCUAUGCUGGACACUUAAAAGCUUGACCUGUCAAGUCACAAUGAAUUGCUCCUACUUCCCUCUCCCCAUCCUGGCAUUAUCUUCAAGCUUGGAAGAGACAAGCUAUUGCUCUUGAAAACUUGCAUCCUGCCGAGAGCAGGAUAAUAAUAAUAAUAAUAAUAAUAAUAAUAAAUUUUUAUUUAUACCCUGCCUUUCCUGGUUCAGAAAACCGGGCUCAGGGUGCCUAACAAAAAAUUUAAAACACUUAAUUGAUGCAAGAAAAAAACAGCAUAAAAUACAGUAUAAAACAUGAAUAACAAUAAAUUCAGAAUUCAAAAAUCAAUUAAGGGGGGAAAUCCAUCCAAUAAACAUUAAAUGAUCACCAGGGUUAGCUGGCUAAAUUAGUCCUAUUUGGACCAGCGAGGCAACCAGGGGAGAAUUAACUGUGGGAUCCCAGAGCGGGUAAUCUUCAUAAAAAGGGGAGGGGGAGGGAAGGGAAGGAAGGGGAAUAAAAGAUCAGGCUAAGUUCAGAUUGAAAGCCAGGCGGAAUAGCUCUGUGGAAGGAAGAUAAAUCCUGCAGGGCCCUGCUCUCAUGGGACAGAGCAUUCCACCAGGUCAGAGCCAAUACUGAAAAGGCCCUGGCCCUGGUGGAGGAUAAUCUGACUUCCUCAGGGCCCGGGACCUCUAAACUAUGAUUAUUCAUGGUUCUUAAGGUCCUCUGCAGGGAAUGCCAGGAGAGGCGGUCCUGUAAAUACGAGGGCCAUAAGCCACAAAGAUUAGAGUGUGUUAUCAAUUACAGACUAAACCUGUCGGCCAUUAAGGAGAUCCCCCAAAUGAGGCACUGCCCCCUCCCCAAAUUCAGUCUGCCCUCAGCCAGCCCUGCCUGCCUGUCUUCUUACAGACAACCAUUCCAGAAGGUGACACGGCUGUCAGCUUCCUCUCCCCGAGCCUCAGGGUUGGCAUUUUAGGCCUCGGGAGGAAGGAGGUAGGGGAGAAAGUAGCGUCAGUUGCCUGUGCCUGUCAAUGUCCCUGACUCCAGCUACGGUUCUCCUCUCUACCUUCCAGUCCAGCCACCACUGCCCCCUCUUCAGCUGCUGGCGCUUAAGCUAGAGACUUAAGUUGCAAUUUUUCAAUGUUGUUCCCUCCCCCACUCCUCCAUCCUGGUUAAACUUAGAGACACAGUUUCACUUUUCUACAGCUUUUUUUAAAUGUCAGGAUUUCUGAGCCAGACAAGACCAGCAUUCCCACUUUGAUUCAUGUUAACCCUGAAAAAGCCCCCCAUCCCUUUGAAGUACCCUGUACAAUAUUUUGCACUCCUCCACUUACUAGAUCUGAAUCCCACACAUAUUUUAAUCCUGUUGCAUAGUUUGUGACUAAUUUCAGUGGGACUACUCUUGAGUAUGAAGUAAUGGGCUUAGGUAGACCAUGACAUAGUUGGGUACCACCCAUUAGGCUUAUAUAGCAAAACAGUUACCUGUUUAAAAUGAUGCUCUGACUAAAAAGACUUUAGUACCCAGCACUCUGAUGGAAGAAAUUUCAGCUGCAGUUUUUCCACAAUUAAUUAUAGUUCCAUCCUACUGGAAUAGGACAUUCAAGUAUGCAGAGUCUGACUUAAAUAUGUGGAAGAAGUCUUUGUUCACUAUAAGUCAAACACUUAGAUAACAGGGGGGUUUUUUGUAGCUGCAAGGAAAAUGACAUCAGUUUAAUGGUAUGCCAGCAUGUAGGAAACUGAAAAUGUUCCUGAUAGGAAUCCAACUUUUCUAUUGCUGUUGCUGUUCACAGCUAAGAAAACAAACAGAGAAGCCUAGUGCUUUACAAAAGUAGGUGAGAAGCAAGAGCGAGAUGCAUGACUUUUUUGAUAGCAACUAUUUCUUUUCACACUGACACUUAAUCUACA